GGUUGAAUUAGUGAGCUAAAGGCACAACUUCACCGUGGCCCUCAUCUGUCAAGCUUGCAUAUGGCAGUAAACUUGUUCUAGAAAAUUUUGACGUGAGGAUCGGCAUUCAUCAAUCUGCACGUGAGCAUACGCUACGACCAAAUCUCACGACAGGUCUGACAUCGUGUAAGCAAGUUUGAGGCAGUGUGGAUCUGUGGUGCAGCAAGUGUGGAAGCUCAAAGUGGGUUGUUCCAGCAGCGAAACUAGACGCUCAUUGGAUAAAUGCUGGGCUUUGUCCCGCCCAUUGGAGACUCGGCGUCUCUGGAGUUCAAUGGGGAGAGGGCGGUCCCGACUUUCUUCCGGACGCUGAGCUUCUGCAUCCAUGACUGGAUGAGCUGUCUGAGGCGAAAUCCUUUUUUGAUUGACAGCUAAACAAGCGAAUCAGCGAUCUUGAAGAAUAAAACAUCUACCAGAGCAUUUUCCAAGUCAUUCAUUCCGUUGUUCUUAACUGCUCCAGAGACUUUACCGAUCCUCAGCGACUUUUGUCUUUGUUAAAGACGACUGUCGUUGUGUUUGGCGACUCUGUUCUGUUACAUACUAAUAAACAAACACAAUUAUGAUGUAGGCCAGAAAAAUGAGCUUCCCCUCCUUGAAAGACCAGCAGCCGCCACUGCUACAAAUAUGUUAUUGAUCAUUUAAAACUUUUAAUGUACAAAACAUAAAGAUUACCUAUAGUGUAAAGGAAGGUCUUUUUUUCUAUUUUUAAUUAUCAGCUUUUUUUAUUUGAACCUCAAUACUUAUCUUAAGAUAUUCAGUAAUUUAAUAAGUUUGUUUUUUAAUUGUUGGUAUUAUUGAAGUGUUUUAUUUAGUCAAAUCUGGACUUACACAGCCUUUCUGCAGUUCCUCACAGCUGGAAUCAGUCUGCAGUCAUCCUUGGUCUGAUGUUUUGAACCUCUUCCAUCCCAGCUCAUCCAUAACCUCCUUGGACAUCUGAGGCAUGUAGGUCAGAGCAGAGCAAUGGAUCUCAGAGAGUUUCCUAACUGAAACUUUUCUUUGACGUCAGGAACUGUUGGAUCUCCUGAUGUAUUGACCUAUCAUUCGUCUCCAUCAGACAGUAAAAGAUGUUGAUGCUUCUGUCAGGACAGAUAUCAUACCUGUUCAUCUUCUUCAUGUUUUUUAUGAAUCUUUGGAUCAUUCAUGGACUGCUGUCUGUGUGACCCAGCAGACCCCCAAAAGCCUCUGGUUUGACUUCAGAGACAGUCCACAAAGAAAGUGAACAAACAGGUCUAGGUGAUCACUUUUACUAACAAGGGAUUUCUUCAUGGCACUUUCAGAAUUAAAUCUAGAGAUGGACCAAGGCUUAAAGUCUCACAAAAAGACUUGGGUCUGGGGUAAAUGUAUUUGAGAGUCUCUAGUACCCUUGUGUCUCUAGUUGUAAAACAAUGGAGCAUGUAGAAAACAGCCAGAAACUCCUUGAAUACUCAGAUGUACGAAGCAGUGGACUGUUUGUGAAGGUCACACUCUCUCUUCUGAAGAUCUCUGUACAAACUCCUGAGUACACCAAGGCCUCUGUGACAUCCAGACCACAACGCUCCAGGUCUUCUUGGUAGAACAUGACGUUUUCUUUCUCCAGAUGUUCAAAUGCCAGCCUCCCCAGCUUUAGAGGCUUGAGCAAAUCCAGACUCAUGUUAGACAGUCAUCUGCUGAGACUGAGCUGGGUUUAGAGAUAGGACAGAGGAAGAUGGAGAAAGAGAGCGAUGGACAGAGGAGAAACUGAUAGAGGGAGAUGGAGAAAGAGGGAGCUGGACAGAGGACAGACUAAUGGUAAACAGAGAAUAAGAGAGAUGGACAGAGGAGAGACUGAUAGAGGGAGAUGGAGAAAGAGGGAGAUGGACAGAGGAGAGACUGAUAGAGGGAGAUGAAGAAAGAGAGAGAUGGACAGAGGAAAGACUGAUAGGAAACGGAGAAAGAGAGAGAUGGACAGAGGAGAGACUGAUAAAAGGAGAUGGAGAAUGAAAGCGAUGGACAGAGGAGAGACUGAUAGAGGAAGAUGAAGGAAGAAAGAGAUGGACAGAGGAGAGACUGAUAGAGGGCAAUAAAGAAAGAGUAUGAUGGACAGAGGAGAGGUUGAUGCACGUUGUCGAACCUGCUUGAAAGCAGGCAGGCCUAUAGCAGCAAAACAUCUGCAGCAGUAAUAAAAGGAGCAUCCCUGAAAUGUUCAGUUCUUUACAAGCAGAGAUGGGGCCAGAUUCACCACUUUGUCAAUAACCAAUAGUUUACGAAGAAAGAUUCUCAACAUAUAAUUGCCAGGGUUUAGUGAUUUGAUUAUCUACAGUCUAUAGGCCAGAGAAAACUAAGCUAACAGCAAGGCCCAAAACCAACAUUGAUCGCUUGUGGCCUUUGACCCCUAAGGCAGCACUGCAUUAAAAACCCACAUCAUUCUAUAAAAGAUUUUAACACAUGGGCUGAGGAGGACUUCAGAAAACAAUUGUUAGUUACCACAGUUGUGGAGUUAGUUUUUACAUCUACAAGUUCAGACACUACCAUGCAAAGACAAAGACAGAUAUUAACAACAGCCACUGGCUACUCUAGACCUAAGUUCACCCGAAACCACAAGAAAUUAGGUGGAAAAUUUGGUGUGAAAACAGACCAGACUUGAGGAACCUGAAACAAUUUAGCAAAUCGGUCCAACAAAUGACACAUGGGGAAACUUACUGAUGUGAUCUGACUGCCCUGAUAUGAUCCGACCAACUACCUUAUAAUGUAUAUGAGCCUUUUCUAAUUUAGGGAGUUGUUGAAGAUAUUUAUUUUAUCAAUCUGCCUUUACAAUCUUGCACUGAAUGACGUCAUAAAAAAAUUGAUUACCUGAAAACUCAGUAUUUUACGUGAGACCGAGAUUAACAGUGUGAAUCCCUGUACAGUUCAAUGUGCGUUAAAAUAAGCAACCUUAAAAGGAUAUUCCAGCGUAAAAUUAAUUUAGGGUCAAACACACCAUAACACAGAGUUAGACACUCCCUCGAAAGAUGAAUGAUGCCGACCGCUUGCUUCUCUAGUUAGACUAACUUUGGUAACGACCGCAGGAUAGCAAUACACAGCGGUCUGCGGAGCCACACACAAAUCUCAACCAAAACGCCACCCUGUGUCUACAAAUAAUACUCAGAACAGCACCUAACUUCAUCAACAGUACAUAUAGGGUCCAAGCCAUAGCACUUUUUAGCUUUGCCUGAUUUCUUUAGGAAAGAGACUAAACACAGCUCACCUACUCUCUCUCAGCAGCCGCUUGUUUGUAGUGAGACUUUGGCCAGUCCAUUACAGACUUCUGCGGGGUGACGCAGCUCAAGCAAUAACAUUUAUGAACAUUUCUUCAUGGAAAUGCAAUUGACCGAGACACUAAGGUAGAAGAACUAUCAUGUCUGCAGUGCAUAAUGAUUAAUAUUGUGAUUAUUCAUCUCUUGAGGGGGUGUCUAACUCAGUGUUACGGUGUGUUUGACCAUAACUUAAUUUGUUAUGACCACAGCCCCCUGAUCCCUGUCUGACUCAAGCAAAAUGUGUGUGAUAAAGUCCUGCCAAAAAAUGAGAUGUGAAGUUUUAGGUUUAACAAUUAAAAGAUACCUAAUUUUGAUUUUCUCAGCAGAGACUAAAAAGAGAGAAAGAGCUGCACAUUCACAAUGUCCUGCUCCAGGAACUGAUAGAGCACUUUAUCUGGUCAUUUUUCUUUGCUUUCCAUUUCAAGUAUAUCAAUCAGCAAAUCUUUCUUUAACAACAGAUGAUACAGAGAUAUUUUAUUGUUAAAACAACAACACUGAAUAAACACUCACCCCGUCUCAGCGGCAUUCUUAGUUGUGGUUUUUUUUUUCUGCAUGUGAACUCAUGUAUUUCUUCUUUCACAUAGACCCUUUUCACCUCCCCCACAUUAACAGGUCACGUGUUCUUCCUCCAUCCCUCUUGUCAGUUACUCUCAGAAAGUUUUUUCCUCUUUUUUAAUAUAGCUUUAUCACUUAAGUAUUCUUUACAAUCAUCUUCCUCUUCCUCAUCCAAGUUUGAAAAAUAAAAGUGAACUAAAAAAUUAUAACUCAUAUGGUUGAGUCUCAGUCUAUCAUAAAUGCAGCAGCACCACCUGUUGGUUGAACUUGCAUAUUACCAGACGAGCGCUCUUCUCUCUACAUCUAACUUACUGACCAAGUUAGAGUUAGUUUUUUUUACCUUUAGUGUAAUUUUCUCAUGUUUAUCUUUUCUAUAGGACUAACUUUGUUUCCACCCCAGUCACAGUAUUAUAUUACUUUGUUCUUAUAAUUUACUGCAAUUGACCAAAAGUGCUUCUAACUUAAUGUCGGAUGAUCCUUUAUUGGUUUUAUUAGCUUUGAGACAAAAAUACUGCCUUAUUCAUGUUUUUUUUUAGUUAUUACCUCCUUAUAGUUGCUCAAAAUCAAAUACAUAAACUUAACCAAACUAACUUAUAACUGCUGGUAAGCAAACUUGACAUACAAUAGAUGCUCAGCUUACUUUUCUCAACUAAGGAUGUUGACUCAAGAUAGAUAUAUUAUAUUAUAUUAUAUUAUAUUAUAUUAUAUGUUAUAUUGGUGAGGUAAAACGUAACACAAUACACUGGCAACAAGUGAGCAACAUUUUUCCCAACUUAAAUCUUUACAAACUCACAACAACGUAAUAAUUCAAAGUCCCUUUUGAAAAUGUGCUAGACUGAGUUGCACAAAAAGAUACAGAGCACUUUAAGUGGGGCUGGGCCACUCCUAAAUAAACCCUAAAGCCAUCCCUGAAACCCGCAUCUGUUGUGAUCACAAUCUAAAACUGAGAGCAGCAGCAACCCCCUGCACAAAGCAGUGAUAUGAGAAAGUUUGAAGGCUAUUCAAUGUGAGAUGCUGAUCAGUUAUCAAACUCAUGCCUUCUAAGUCUGCUUCUAAGUCUAUCAGAAAUCUGGGAGUCAUGAUUGAUGACCAGCUAACCAUCAGGGUUCAUGUUGCCUUGAUUGCUUGGUUCCACAGAUUUGCCCUCUAUAACAUCAAGAGGAUUUGUCCCUUCUUGACAGAACAUGCAGCACAGCUCCUGGUUUAGGCUCUUGUAAUAUCAGCAUUGACAACUGCAGCUCCUUUAUGUCAGGCCUCCCUGCUUGCACAGUUAAACCUCUACAAGUGAUCCAGAAUGCUGCAGCAUGUCUGGUCUUCAACCAGCACAAGACAGCUCCUGUCACUCCUCUGUUCAUCUUGCCACACUGGCUUCCAGUUGCAGCUCCCAUCAUUACAAAGCAGUAACCAAAACUGCUCCUGUUUACCUGGAACCCCUGAUCCAGGUCUACACCCCUUCUCUUCCACUAUGCUCAGCAGGCAUAAGACACCUGGUACUCCAGAGCAAGUCAGGCCCCUGAGUCACUGGCUUGACUCUUUUCUUUUGUUGUCCCUAAAUGGUGCAAUGAAUCACCCAACUCAGGUAUUUUGAGGGAAAAAAAAAGAAACGACACAUUUCCUGGCCCAUGUAUGCAAAAAAAUGUGUUUUAGUUGAAGGAUCUGGUCUGUACAAUACAGCGAAGUUCAAUUUGGAUGUGGCACCAUGGAAUUUCAAAACGCUGUAGCUCACCUAUCAACAAAUCUGCACAAAAUUCACUGUGCAUGUGACUGCUCCCACUCUGAACACAUCUAUCUGUAAAAAAUGUAAAUAAAGCUGAAAGCUGAAAGUACUUGUUGAGCCCCCAAAUCUGAUAUGGAGAAACCAGUUGAGCAAUGACCCAUUUCAUACAUGUAGAGUUAGUGUGUGAAGCAGCUUUGAUUUUUAAGUCAAGUCAAGUCAAGUCAAGUUUAUUUGUAUAGCACAUUUCAGCAGCAGGGCAAUUCAAGGUGCUUUACAUGAAACAAGCAGGCAAAACAUUCAACACAAUUUAAAAAGUAAAAACAGCGUAAAAGACAUUUAACAGAUUAAAAGUUACAUUCAAAGCUAAAAUAAGAUUUUUAAGUAUUAGCAGAAAGCUGUUACUAAGAUGUUUUAGAAAUAACAACAUGCUCAUGGUUUUUAUACAUGCAUCCCCAGAAAUGAUACCUGUUAUAGACUUGACAGGCCUCUGGUACUGGUUGAACAAUUUGCCAAACACCAAAACAGUUUUUUUGAGAAAUUUUGCCUGGAACUUUCCUGAAAUAUCAGCUAAAGAAAUUUCUUGUUCCUCGCACUUGUUGAUAUAAAUAGUUGUCCACUUUAGUCUACUUUAAAUCGCGAUGGUUUCAUAAUUCUAAUGCACUUAAAAUUUUGUCCAAUCUUUAUACUCUUAAUUUUCUGCCAUUUAAUUUUCCCUGCAGCAGACAGUAAAGAAUACAAAGAACUGGAGUGUUCAUGACAUGCAGGGAUGUCAAGGCUCUGUCGCUCACCUACGUGUCGAUCAAGCCGUGACGCAGCGCGUGCGUCUGUCACGAACGUAAACACAGCUCUGUCCACGUGGAGAUAACACAGGUAAUAAUUGCAGCAGAGCUCAAGCGUUUUGUCUGCGUGGGAAAAGAAAACCGUGUUAGGCGACAAGUUUUGUAUCCUGUCAUACUAGAGCUGCGAUAGGUUUCGAGUCUUUCUUUUUUUCUCUUAGCACUGAAUUAAAGACAUGACCCCUGUGGUGUUUCCUCUCUCAUUUGCCGCUGACCGCUUUACUGCCAAAAAACGGUCCGUCAGAGAACACAUGGACUGCACAUUAUAGACUUUUCUUAAGUGUACGGAGGCCAUCUAAAGCUCGGCAGAGUUGUUCGUGUUAUCUUUGUGUUUAGAUAUUGAAAUUUGGGUCGUCUAAAUUGGAUGCACAGGCUGGCUGGUAAGACUUUUAUUUUGAAGGUCCUGCUCCAAACGGGCGCUACAGAGACUGUUCAGAUACUUGAUGCCCUAAAGGAGAGGAGGAAGUCUGUUAAAGCUUAAAAAUUACGGCGCAUGUACAGAGCUGUACCCUCAGAUAUUUAACAACGUUUUCCUGGGGACAUGAAUUGAAUGGAAGCCGGUGGAUUUGAGGUUCUCAACGUCGAUAAAACGCAAAGGUUGCGGACAAACGCCUGUGUUUUAUGGAAACCGUAAAGGAACAAAGCUAGUUACCUGCGAGGGUCUGUGAGGUGGGGCUGCUCAGGUAAAUUUCCUUCCUGCUUGGGAACAUUUCUUCAGACGGACAGGUGUGAAGUCCCAGCGGACCUAACUCUACCUAUGGUAAGCUUUCGCAAAUCCUCAGUGUUUGCGUUCUGUAUAAAAGCAGUGUGAGAGUGAACCACCUCCUCACAUCUGGGGACAAUUGUUGUCGACCAAGUCUCACUUUUACGUAACACAGCAAACCUCUUUCAAAGUUUGAUGCAGCAAGAAGUUGCCAGACUGAAAUUGUCUUUAACAUUUGUAAACACCGGGGCAUGUUUGUCAGUGUGUGUUACACGCCGUAUUGAAGACCAGUUCAUAUCUCACUCGGUGGGUUUUCAGUUACUAUAAUUUUAUACAAGCUGUGUUUUAUUUUGGGGGGUUAUAAUAAUUGCGAGAUUCGUUAAUGGAGACUGGCGCAGCCCCAUCUCAGGGGGUCAUUUGGAAGAGACACUGUAGAAAUCACACAGAGACUUUUUCAGUUCUCUGUCAGACAUGUAGGCUUUCUUUCUUGAAUGAUUUGGCACUUCUUUGCAAGGCUGCGGAUGACUUGACAAUGUUUUGGGGGUCUAACAGUCUGUCAAGUUUAAUUCCCUCUUUAACUCCAGCAAGUUAGGUUUUAUUGUCAUGCAUUGCUUGGGUUGUCAAAAUAAAUCAAAGCUUGUAAUCACUAAUCUCAAAGUUUUGAUUGCCCAAAUACUUUUGUUUUGUCUUUUAUGGCUUUUAUCGUUUGCUGUGUGCUUGCUGCUGUGAACGUCUUGCCCCAUAUCAAAGUGUAAGAACCACAAAGAUGGAAACAGUUUCAGGAAAUAGCUUCUCCUCCUCUUGUUCUCAGAGCAUUUACACAACUGAGCCUGCUGAUUGAGAAAACAGGUUUAAAGGCAGCAUGACUGCCACUGUACUAGUUUAUUACGUGGCAUAUAAUAGAGCUCGUUUAGCAUGCAAAGAUGUAAACAAAUCCUUACAAUGUGCAGUAGCUUACAUGAUAUUCAGGUUUUUGGUACAAGGAUGGAAAUUGCACAGAGGUCUCAUCAGAGUAAGGUUGAUGUCUGAGCUCUUUUAGCUGACUGAAUUAUUGGUUGUUCAUGAAGCAGAUCUGUAAUAUUUAGAGGAUCUGGUCAUCGAAAGUGCUUUACCGUUAACAACGGAUUAACCUAGUAUUAUUUUAAAAUGCUAUCAUCCCUUAGUCCUAUUCCAGCUGGUAUUUAGUGAAAUCAGUGUCUUUGUUUGUCUCAAAUGGUGGCGACCUCAUUGGUGUACUUGUUUUUCUAGCAGCUGACAGUACAUGUGUCAGCUUGCUUCAUCUGCUGUAAUAACAACCACUGAGCUUUACUGUACUCAGGAACCAGAUCAGCAAAAGAAAUAACACAGUGUUCAAUACAACAAACACUUUUCUUUUAAAAUCAACAUGAAAGUGUAAAGCGGUGUUCUUACUGUACCAAGCUUGUUACACUCGGUGCUUUCUACAGGUACAAUUUUACAGAGAUGCAUAUAAAACAUCCCUGAACAGAUUAAAUCAGGUAUAUGUUACACAACUGCACAUACUCCUGCUAUUUUACAUGCCUUUAAAUAGCUCUGUAGUCCAAAAAUAUGUACGUAAGGUUUAAAUGUCAGCAUCAAGUGUGACAGCGUUUCAGCCACUGGUUUAGCUCAUUUCAACAAACCCUCAACUAUAUGGUGGUCACCCUUAAAGUUAUUUUGCUUGCUGUGAACUUUGAGCCUUCUGGGACAUGGUAGUAAAAACAGAUGUAACUGUAGUGAAAAUCAUUUCCAGUAACCACUGUGGCCUUAUCGACAAACACUAGUUUGGCUGUAACAUGUAAAUUGGAAGUGAACAUGUCCAGAAGAUGUCAGCAAGGUCUGAGCCCAUGUAAAAUGGACUGAGACAAAGUGGGAACGAUCCUUUGGUUUGACAAGUCAAAAACUGGCAUACUUUUAUGAAAUUAUGGACAUUGCUGUAUCCUUUGCCCUAAAAGGGAGAGGGACAACUGGGGUUGUAAUAGCUCAUGGUUUAAUCUGUGCAAGUACUUUUGGGAAGGCAGCGUUGAUGCUGCACUAUAUGGAUUUUGGAUCAUAUGCAGCCAUUCAGACUGUAGGAGCCAAAUAUGUUGAUGUGAUAAAAUAAGUUACAGUUCACUUGUGUGCCAUAGGUGUCGCUGUUCUGUUAUUUGGGGCCCAGGUGUAAGGGUAGCUACGUCACUGUUGUUUGCAGGUGAUUGAACCGGAUGGGCAAAAGGUUUCUGACUGCAGUGGCGCUAAAUACCAGUGUUUUUCUUUAUUUAGUCAGUGUUUGCUGGGAAUUGCAAAAUGGACUUUGCGAUGCUUUUCAUCCACAUCACAAUAAAUUUUUGUUCCCUGCAUCAGAAGAACAGCGUCCACUUCAGACUCUUACUGAUCAUCAAAAACUCCCAGAAGUGUAUGAAACCAGUAGCGCAGCACGUCAACUGGGUCAAGCAUCUCAGUAGCUUGAAGUAUAGACUUAGCUCCUACACAGACAGUGUUGUUUUCGGGAAAAAUCUGUUGAGCAGCUGAAAUCAUAAACUUCAGAAGUCUGUCUCCUCUGUUCUCAAACAUUUACAGAAUAAGAAGUGAUGCAACAAUAAGGUAAACAUGCCCCUGUCACAGCUAUUCCGAAACAUGUCACUGAUAUCAAAUUUGAAAUGAACACAUUAAUGUGUUCAUUUUUUAAAAGAAAAUUUGCACCUGUCUUCUGAAGAUGAAUAUCACAAAUUUUCUUUACUUUUCCUUUUUGCUAUCUUGAUUUAUUUCUUCUAUUUAACAGAUAAGAAAAUAAUCAAAAUGUGAGAUCAGUGAGACGAGUUUCUGUGCAAGGUUGUCUGCAGAGGGACACUCCUGAUGUUCCCCUUGACCCGGGCUGACUUUGCCUCACAGUCCACAUGUGUCCUUGGAGUGGUCACAUAGAGCACAACCAGAGACAGACUUGUUUAAGGCUAUCAGAUUCAAGGUUUGGUAAAAGUGUGGUUGUUCUGAAAGACUUUGGUACUGAGACUGGUCACUCCGUACCUGUUCAGGUGUACAGUCUGUGCAGUCAGAUUAUACUUAAGAUAAGCCUAAAAAAGGGGUAUGUUGCGUUUUUUUUCAGACUCUGUAUUUCCUCUCUGAUACUCUUUAAUAUCUUUACAUGAUUUUCAGCUCAAAAAAAGCCUGAAAUUUCUACCAGUUGUGUGUAAAUGCCUCGUUUAAGCUGCUGUCUCAUAAACUACGCUCUCGCAUUUGUGUGUUUGUGAGAGACUUGAGCAGUUUACAUCUACUCUCUAGGGUUAUGACAACAUACAUUUACCUAGUGAUUUAAAACUUGGCUUAUAUGUUGUAUGGACACCAAACCUGGUAACUUUGCAGUUUCUGUUGUAAGCGUGAUACCAGCCCUUUAAAUCGACUGACCCUCCUAGGGUUAACAGGAAGUCAAUGUGAACAACAUGGCCAACUCAUGCAUGGCAGCCUUUAUCUUAAAGUGAUGAUAACAUCAGAGCCUGGACUGUAUAUAAGUGGAUAAGAAUGUAUACAGAAAUGACAACAUGCCUCCUAAAGGCUGCCUCCAUUAGCACUGACAUUUAGUGCUGUGGGAACAACCCUCAGCAGUACAAAUUCUUCUGUUGAGCAGACACUGACAGUUAGUCUAAGUUCAGUGUCUCUUGUGCUAGAGUACAUUAUAUCCCACCAUUUUUACUAACUAUAGUGACAGGAACCAUAUUUGAGAAGAAAUUAUUUGACAUACUCUUUCAGAGUCCAUUAAAAAUUCCUGUGUCUGAAGCUCAUUUGACUGAAAAGUUUUUUCUACUCCAUCUUUACCAAAAUGAGAAAAGAAGCUCUUUUAAAUGAUGAAGUUUAAUUUUCCUCACAAAGCCAUUCUUGGGGAGCCCACUUUUCUACUUCAUGGAUCAGUGACCUAGACAAACGUCAUAUUCUACCCUGAGUUUUUUUUUAGCAUCUACUUCUCUGCAUCCAACUCCUGAUGAAGCAACUCUUUAAAAAUUUAGCCCAUUUUAUUCAUUCAAAAUCAAUUAUUUGUGUUUUGCAUUAUGUUUUUUUUUCUUCUGUACGUCAUCUCCAAUAAAUUAGUGAAGACAUAGCAUAGAUAUAUUUCUGUGACUUCUGUUGCUGACCUGGCUGCAGUUUGUCUUUGAAUAGAAGCUGAUGUAAGAUGCUCUGACUUAAGCUUAUGAAGCAGUACACCCUAAUAAUAAAAUGUAAUAACAAUAGAAAAGAUGAAGGCUACUUUCUUGAUUGACAGACAUGCAGAUGAACUGGUUUUUCUGUUGUGACCAAAACCACUGUGGUGUCAAACAUGCUUCCGUGCUUCAGACUGGUACCACUCAGACCAGUGCUCUCAUCAGGCUGGAUAAACUGGUCACAGUGGCAUUGGGCUGAAUUAUGUAACUCUGGUUUCUGUUGGAAAUAAGUUAGUUGUCCUUUAUAACCACCAACUCAUCAUACAUUAUUGGUUUAUCACCCAGCUGCCAGCUUACAAAAAAAACAAUCAAACUGACACAAAACACAAAUUUGAAGAUGAUUGUAUUAAUUGUAACAUGGUUUAUGUGUACAGCUAAAAGAAAAUAAAGUCUGUGAGUAGCUUGAGUAGCAUCCCAUGGCAAUAGUAUAUUCUUAUCAGCCAAUCUGAAAAACAGAAAAGUAAAUUGUUUCAACAAAAACAAAUACGUUUUUUUCAGGCUAGCAUUCUGAACAAAUGAAUAAAAUGAUCACAAAUCUGAGUGAGGUAUUCUGCCCCGUAACUUUUGGACAAUUUCAGUCUCUCUGUGAAACAGUCCCAGGGUUCUGAGGUGCUGAACUCUGGGACUUUCCUCAGCAGUUCCCACAUCAAUGUUGAUGUCUGUCUGGGGUUUGGACGAACAUGUAGAAGCUGUUGAACCGCUGGUGAUGAGCACCAGUGAAGAUUUAAGAAUGUCUCAAAAGUUCAUCAACAGCUGAAAGAGAUGUCUGAUCCUUGUGAGGAAUGAUAUUUAUCAGUGUAUCUUGAGGUCAUAUUUUUAAAGGAAUAUCAAACAAACAAACAAAAAAAAAACAAUAAUUUGUUGAUUUCUGAAAUGUCUAUGUAUCCCCACAUUAUUAUUGCUGUUGUUAGUUUUAGUUAAUUUUACCAUUGUGUUAUCAAGUAGAAGUAAAAUGCACCAGGCGUCUCUCCGUAACGUGAUUUGACAUUUGGAAUCAGAUUAACUGGUUACCCCUGGUAACACGUUGUUUUUGAGAAACACAGCACCCUUUUGUGGUAUUUUGACCAAUCAGAGUCAAAUGAAACUUGAACUGACUUUCUUUUAUGUUACAGAAAGUUCUGCGUUAUUGAGACCUCUGCAGCCAGUACGCUGAGCAAUGAACAGAAAUAGGUCAAAGCAGUCAGAACUGGUGGUAAGUCUGUGUGGGUUUUUCACAGAGACUGAGGGGGUUCAAGUGACAUCUUUCCAUACGCAAUAACAAUACCUCAACUCAGGGCUGCAGAAUCAACUUAAUUAUAAUCCUGAUUAUGAGUUUAGCCUGUACCAGGAUCAAAGAAAUAUACUUUAUAUUAUUGCCUAAAUGAACAGAGAAACAGAGCAAAAAGAGCGAGAGGAUCAGGUGUGUGUGUUAGUGAAGCAGAGGAACAGAGAGAGAAGAGUGUGAAGCUGCAGCAGUGAUCAGCAUUAAUGAGUAAUUUAAGUUUCAGUUUCUCUGUGAAAACCUGAUUUGUUGUGAACCACUCCCAGACUGAGUUAGCUAUCAGGAAUUUAUCAGCAAGUUUUUGCAUGCUGACCUGUCGUUGGUAUCAGAAGCAAAAGUUGUUUUUUUUUACUCUCUCAGAAACCAACUGCAUGUGUGUACCCCUCUUCUCAUCCGUGUGUGUGUGUGCAGGUUAGCAGCUGCUGAAACACUGAGAGCUCAGUUAAGGAUCAGAUAGUGACUGCUCUGUCAUACAAGAGUGGACAGUCUACUACUAUUACACGCCUAUGUUUCAGGUGCUAUCAUCUACCCUCAGCAGUUUGAUGUAGGACUGCAACAGAGACAGAGUACUCGCUGUUUCACAUUUGUUGUGAAAAGUUUGUGGAUGAUACCAAGUGAAAGGCACACUGCCAUCAAGCUGCUUAGAAAUGUAGUCAAGCUGAUGCCUCAAAUUGUAGUUCUGUCACUGCACUGGAAAAGUCCAGAUUGUAUCACAGCUAAAGGCCUACAACUUACAGUUAGAUAGAUAGAUAUUUGCAAUCAUGCUAACCCCUGAAUCUGAAACCUUGUCUUAUGCUAAUGUCUUGUGAAAUGAUCAGGAAAUUAAGCAAACUAUACAUGAGACAUCAUCACAAACAGUCCUUAAUCAAGCAGUCAGUGCUUGAUUAAGACUACUAGACUACCCCCCUUGUCCCUGUUUAGGAAGUGUGUUCACCUUUACAACGGUAGGUGGUGAAAUGACCCCUUUCAGCUAUUUACUAUUGGUCCAUCUCCUAGUUGACCUAUUACUUUUUAGAACAGCUGACAAAACACAUUUGUAAAAGGCUAAUGGGAUGUAGGUUGUCACUUUUACAGCCAUGUAAAGUUUGUUUGUUUGUUUAAAUGGAGGAAAAAAAGUGUUCUACUAUCAUUUCUGUCUGUCAAGGUUCUGUUCACUACCCGGCUUCUUUGCAACACACUUGUGCUCAACCUCUGGCUCAAAGCCUGACGUGCGCAUCUUAUCUUUUCUCAGCUCGGCUACAAAUUGUGAUAUUUUAUGGCCACAAUAAUCGUGAGGUGAAAAUCUGUUAUCCUGACAGCCCUAACUCGUACAGAGGCUGGUUUUUAUGUCCCUCAAGCCCUCAUUUGAUCAUGUUUAAUAUCACUGUUGGGCAGAAACCUCCCGUGUCAUGUUGCCAUUUUCAUGCUGUUACUGUUUGUCUGUAUUUGAUAUUUUAUGUAUCUUAGAAGCCCAGCUAGGGACGGGCAUUGCAAAUUAGCUUUAGCUACACAUGCUGUAGUAUCUGGCAAUGGAUUACUUCAUACUUGUCCCUCUACAAAUAAACAUUAAAUGAAAUAAAAAGAUAAAUGUCCAUAUCAUCAUUUUAUUUCUUUGCCACUGAUCUCCCUGUAUGCCUGUCAGAAGGAUUUCCAUCCAAGUUUUGAACUGCAUAAGAAAGAUCAGCUGUGAGGUCUAUGAGUGGCCUCCCCCUCUGCCUGCUGUCUCCCUCCAUUUUUUAGUGAUCCGCUAUCUAAUCCUUGUAUUUGGGUCAGGCUAGAGAAUUUUGAAUCUGGGCUACAGAAAUCUGAGUCAUUACUUUGUGCUUUUCAUCUGAGCUAGAUAUUGUUUCAUGUAGUUGGAGAUGUAACUAAUUCCAGGAAAGACCAUUUCAUUAAAAAGCAUGUCAGUGAAAACCUGAGUUAUCUGUUGUUAUGUUGUAUCUGUUAUAUCAGCGUCUACCAUCAGUGUGACAUUUUUAAAUGCCUCAAUGUAUAUCACCUUUGGUCUUUUUCUCAGUCCUUUACAUCUGUCCUCACGUCUGCAGGUUUUGUAAACACUGGCUCUGAUCUUGUUACUCGAUCCGUCACCUCCCUCUAGCCGCCCCUCCCGUUCUUCACUUCCUCUAACCAGCUGAUAACAUGGCAGGUCAUUGCUCGCAGUUAAUGACAAUACAAACAAGGCCAGUAAGCGGCUUAUGGGGCUGCUGCUUUUUAAAAUCAGGUUUUGUGAGAAGCAGCAGCAGUAUUAUCUCAGGGCAAGUAUCACUGCUGUUUGUACUGCAGAGAUCAUUUAGACAAGCUUGAGGCAUUACUGACACAUUGCAGUGAGUACAGGCUGUUUGCUCAUUUCACAAAAAAAAAGAGAGAGAUCCUGUUUUAGGCAAUGAGAAUGACUUAGCAGUAGGUGAACUGGAUGAAUAAUAAAUGACUCAGCCAUUAGUAUUCACACUGAGCAAACAUGUAUAGGGUACAUGCAUCAACAGCAUAGUACACUGCAGUUUAGUAGCAAACAUUGAUUUAUUUGUAUCCUACUUCCACACUUAUGGAUACUUCAGCUAUAUUCUUUCAAAGACUUCAUUUAGUGUGACGUGUUCAACUUUAAUAUUAACUUAAGUACACUUACAAAUCUCCAACUGGAUUUAGAGUUUUGUUGUGUCUUAUGAUCAUUUGCACACACAAAACUGUAAACUUUGUCGCAUGAACAAGUGUAAUGUUAAGUUGAUGCAUGAAAACCAUAAAUAAAUCAGUGUUUGUGUCACAAAAUAAUGAGAACACAAUAGAAUCUUAGAUAAACUGCAGAUAGACCAAGUUAUGAUCUGACUUGCCCAGUGGUGGUAAGACAGUGGUUCUGUAAGCUUCUUUGACGUUGGCAUACAGCAGAUCCAAGUUUUGUUAACAAACUGUAUAAAUCCACUCAGGUGAGCGGAGAGGGUGACAUGGUAGAAGUCUCCUGAUAUUAUCAUUAGUGCCUCAGGAUGUUGGGUCGGUAUCCUAGCAACAGUAUCAUGGAGAAUAUGACAUGGAACUUCAGCCGUUUCCUUGGGUGGGAUGUAAACAACUAUUGUUAUGAUAUGACUAAAUUCUCUUGGAACAUAAUAUGGCUGAGGAGCAACUGCCAACAGUUCAAUAUCUGGACAACACAACUUCUCCUUGACAGUUAUGUGUGAAGGGUUACACCAUCUCUGGUUGACAAAUAAAGCCAGACCUCCUCCUUUCUUCUUGCCACUAGCUUGAGCAUCUCUGACUGAUCUUAUGAGAGUGAAGCCAGGUAGAUCCACAGUAUUAUCCAAGAUAUUUUGAUUACACUUAAAAACUAAAAGGAUAAUACUUUCUCACAAUGCCAUGUUUUACAUUUAAGUCAGUCCAACUUCCUUUAGGUUUGAUAUUUCUCUUGGGUCAUGACAGAUUUAAGAUGACGGCAGAAUAAUUUAAACAGUAUUUACUGUUCUUAAGAAUUUUGUUUUAAUUUUCUCCUUCCAUUAUGCAGGUCUCGGACACCUCUACAGUACCUUUGCUUUAAAAACUUCUUAUUUACCUUAGACUGGUAUCUGUGAAAACCCCCAUGUCAGCACUAAACCAGUCCCUACUUGAAUAAAAAGUUAGACACAGCUUGGGCUAUUUUUCACACUGCUUUGUGGCCAGGAAAAGACCCUGAAACCGCCUCCAAACAGCGGACGACCUGAAAGGUUUUUCCUUUGCAGAAACUUUUGAGUGUUAGCUGUUAGCGCCUGCUUUGCUCUCCAUUUAGGCCAGAUAGAAAAGGUUUCCUGUUGUUACAUUCACUGGUGUUGUAAAUUUUAUUUCAGUUUGUGGUUUUGGGGCUUUAUAGAUGAAACAGCCUCCGGUUUCAGUAACAACUGAGAUGCAAGUCCAGCUUUUACUGGCCUUGGUUUACAGAGUCAUCAGUGAGGUGGGAAGCAUAGUCAGCUAAGAUGAUAUCUGAAAACAUCAAUCUGCCCUGAAAUAGCACAUAAUUAAACUUCUCAAUAAUGUGGUUGGUUGGGGUUUAAUUGUUUUCCUUCAUGUUUCUGGCUGAAUCAUAUUGAAAUUGUCUUAAUAAGCAUUCUGCACAUGCUCCAGAGUUAGCUGGAAGUUGAGUAGCACAAUUGUGUUGCUAAGAAGUUGGGUGGUAAAUAAAACCUUCACAGAAAGAGAAAAGAUGUAAAAAAGAUGAACUUAUUGUAUGGUACUAACACCGAGCUGUAAAAGUAUGUCAACUGGAAGACAACCUGAUAGAAACAAGCUGAAGGGGGCACGUCCCCGGCCUACUUUAGUGGAAGCAGACAUGCUCCUGCCUAGGCCUGUCACGAUAACAAAUUUUGCUGGACGAUAAUUGUGCUACAAAUUAUCGCCAAUAAACGAUAUUAUUGACACCAUUUUUUAAAUUAUAGAUAAUGAUAUUAUAUGGCAUAAUAAUGCAAGUACACCAUGUCAAAAGUGAUAAACUUUAAUUUCCACACGAGAACAACACUGGUUGUUUUCGUUGAAUAAAAUAUUUCCCUUUUCUCCCACGACGAAGACGUAACGUUGACGAGCUAAACAUAAGUCGGAGAUGACUAAAAUGUGACGAGACGAAAAUGACGAACAGAGUUGCAAAACUCAGUCAGUUAAACGCUAAACAUAUAGGAGCAGCUUCAGUCCGCUCUGACAGCUCUCAUCAGCCUGCUGUGCUCCUCCAACACACAGACACACACACACACGCACGCGCGCACGCGCGCACGCGCGCACACACACACGUGGAGUUUUGUGGUUGACGAAAACAAAACUGGUUUAAAGCCGAAAUAUUCCCACACUUGGGCUGUUGCGUUCGGUUUAGACACCAAAGCUGUCGUGUUCAUUCUGUUUACAUGCUUUUCACUCACGACGCUCACUUGCAGCACUGUAUCCAAAAGUCUGUGUCUGUGUGCCUGUGCGCGCCUACGUGUACCUGUGCUCGCCAGCCCCCUCGUGACAAAGACACUGAAUGACUGACAGGAGGGUUCACUAACUCCGUUCAUUCCGCUAUAAAGCCAACGCCCCCAGGUGCCGAGAACAAUGCGCAGAGUGAGACCUCUUCUCUCAUCCAGCGUGUUUGGUAGCGAGAGAGGAGGAAAACAAACGCACGUCAAUUAUCGAGGCUGGCAAAGUUAUCGACCUCGUUUUUAUUUAUCGAGCGAUAAGGCGAUUUAUUGAUUAUCACGACAGGCCUACUCCUGCCAAUUAUUCAAGAUUUGCCUAGUGUUUGUAAACUGUUAGUAAACUGUCUAAUUAAAUCACGUAAUCAAGCUUUAACCAUAGCUUGAUCCAACUGUAUAUGUAAACAAGGGGUGGGAAUCACUGUAUUACCCAAAUAUCAUGAUAUUUGGGCCAAUACAAUAUUAUUGCAAUUUUGCAAUACAGUGAGUAUUGCGGUACCAGAUGUUGCUAGAUUUAUAAAAAAAAUUUCAACUGCUUAGCUGAUUUAGCAUUUAUCCUUCCCUUGUGUUUGUCUUAUUUACGCAGUAUUUUUUUUUCAUGUAGCACUCCUUAUAACCGCUUAUAUCAGGUCCAUCUCAUUUGUGCCCUGCUUGCAUUCCUUUGUCCUUCCCUGUGUGCUGCCAUGUUUGUUGUACUCCUGCUCGAUGAUGUCACCUCUGCCAACCUCACUGGACAAACAGUUGAUUUAUUUUUCCAUUAUCAUAGAUUUGACUUCAUAUUGGCAAUUAAUUUGGAAAAAAAACAAUACUUGGUCAAUGAGUCAAUACGAUAUAUCACCAGACAAAAUAUCUUGAUACUAAAUUGUAUUGAUUUUCCCCAACCCCUAAUGUAAACACCUUUAAUGCACGGCAUUAACUAUCGUCAAGUUGUGGCUAUGAUUUGAAAUGACCUGUUCAGGAAACUUUUGGAAAACAAGUCUGCUAUCAAUGUACUUUAUGUCACGAAACUUUUUCUCUGGCUAGGUGUGAAAAUAAAACAUUCUAAUGUUAUAUGUAUAUGUUGAAUGUAGACCAGUCAUAGGUCUCCUAUAAUGCUGAUACAUAAGACUUAACUUCACCUAUAUGUGGCCAACAGAAGCAAAUGACUCAUCUAGUUCUGGUGAGAAUGUGACAGGUGUCCCACUUUUGACUCCUCUUAUUCUGUGUUUUAUUACAGCUGUCAGUGAUGUCCAGAUCUUAGAAACAGAGUAACCCUUCCUCCCAUCAUGGACUCCAAGAAGCCAGGCAUGCUGCGGCAUCUUCGCCAGAAAAUGAUGCCACACUUCCGGCGAGAUAAGACGAGCCCCAGCAAGUCAGGUGUCCAGCUGGAACAUGGCAUGGACCACAGGAUGAGCUCCUCUGUUCCUGACAUCAGGGACAUGAGACAGGAGUACCCUCCUAUAUCCUCUAGGACACAGCUCCAACAUUAUAACUCUCCCUGCUACAGUAGCCCAUCUACACCACUCAACAAGCCUGCAAGGAGCCCUGGAGGAGGUGGGAGGAGUGUGGGGAGGGAGGCAGGUGAUGGAGGAGUUGGGAGGAGUGAACACAUACUGCGUGUGCCAACAGACUGCACAGACUGGACUUCCUCUCAGGAGUCUUUCAACAGUGUGUAUGAGGAGGAGAGGAGCUUUCCAGAGACUCACUACAGAGCUGUGCAGGGCAUGGAGCCUGAGGAGUUAGGUCUGCCGGAGAUGAUGACCGUCUACAGCCCAGACCCUCCCUCCACUGGGGUCUCCAAGGACAGCUUACAGGUACAGACUCUGCACCUGAAAUGUCGAAUGAACUUAAAAGAUAAGCUCUCAAAAGAUGAGCAAAGAUCUGUCAAACAAAGAUUUGUGGUUUUAGUCUAACAGUGAGCCUGGCUGAAAAAAAAACCUUCAUAGUGUUGUAUUUUAUUUCUUUGUAUCACACAGGUAAGAGAUUUUGUGCUCCUGGUGUAUUGGCGGGUUUAUUUACAAUCAUGGGUGUGUCGUGUCAUGUGUGUUUGCACAGGGCCAACAUAGUUUAACUUGGAGGAGCUGCAUGAAGUUUUAAUUUAAAACCCUUCCAAAACCAAUAGUAAUCAGCAGCUCUGGUUAAACUCUGGCUGUGUGUGUUUUUACACUGCAUGAGAUUUAAUGGCUCACGCCUCCGCAGCACUAUUGUGAUAUCGGCCUGGACAAGGAUAUGGCAUGUGUGCUGAACUCGUGUGGUCACAUACUUUGUUCGCUUUAGUCACAGAGAGGAUUUGUUAACCACAAAAGCAACAACAGGACAGCAGUGAUACAUGAUAAAAGCAUUUUAGGAGCACACAGCGGUCUAAUCUGACAACAUUCAGGAUCAUUAUAUUUUCUUUAGAGAUGACAGUGACAUGAUCUACCACUAACCAUUUAUAGUUGACUUGAUCUCACUGUCUUCUCAGUCAUUUUGAGGGUGACAUGAGAAGGAGGAGUCAACAGGCUGUUAAAGGUGUAACCAGCUUUCCACAUAUCAGGUCUAUGGCAGGUAUUUGAGAAAGACUGAUUAACCAGUCUCCCAAUCAAUCAGAGAGAUUAACAGUGUUUUUAAAUCAUUUACAUCAUAUCAGCAUCAGCUUUGACAAGGUCGAUAUCACCAUUAUCUUUGUGAAAUGAUAACACAUUUGACCACCAAUCACUUUUCUACAGCUGCUCCUUAUGCUAGUUUAAAGCAUUGAAAAUUACAAUGAUCAAGUAUUCAGUCUUGCCACUUAGGCUGGUUUGCAUGUGAAUACCAUAAAAAGACACCAAAAUGAAUUUCAGUCAAUGUAAAGAAUGUCAAAAAAGUCUUCACAGGAGCUUAAGGUUCAGUCUUUUUUUUUUUUCUCCAAACAACUAUGAACUUUGAUGUCGUAUGCAAAAAACAACAACAGCACUGUGACACCAGUCUUACAUAUUAGCCAUUGACUGGCUUCUCUCUCUUUAUCAGUGUCUGCAUUGACUCUCAAAAAACAAUGGGCUCUAUUCUCGUGCUUCGCCGGAGACGUGGCGCAGGCGCGGUGUAAGUCAGGUCCGCCGCGCCGACAAGGCGUUCCCAAGCUCAAUUUGGUAUUUUGGUGAACGGCGCAGCCCGGCGUAAGUAUCCCCCCUCCCUAACUCAGCUCCUCCCAGCGGCAUAAGUCGUAGGGAGGGAGGAGAGAGGGCGUGGAGUGAGUUUAACACAGCCGAGACCUGUAUUGACCAAUAACAUCAGCUCCUCUCCUUGCCUUUAAAUCCGCCACCGGCGAGGCGUAUUACUAUUUUUGUUAAGUAGUCAAAGAGAUCAAGAGAUGUCUGAAGACAGUAAUGCCACAUGAUGGCGACAAAAGGCAGCCUCUCAACAAGUGUCGCUGUAAAAGCUGCAGAGGGCGUCCUUCACACUCUCUCAUAUAAGCACAGAUGGAUUUGGUGUGUGUAGGUUUGGACCCACUAGUAAGACAAACACCCUUUUCCACAAAUAAAGACACUCACAUAAAGUUGCAUAUAUUCAAACCUCACGUGACAAAGGUGAGUUGUGCACAGAGAUCACAACAUAAACUCCAAUAAUGGCAUUAAAAUCGGAACCAUCUGUGCGUAAAUGACGCAUCGCGCUCCGUGGCCUGGCUCUUUCUUUCAUAGAUGUUGGCAUAUAAAAUAAAUUUAGCAACUGCAGGUGCAGCAGGAUGGGGAGAGGACACGGAGACAUGUCCAGGUCGAGCUGUGCAAGAAAUAAGAGGAAGAGGAAGAAAGAAAAGGAGGGAGACGAAUUACAUAUCUUGUUCACUUCAUGUGUGUCUAUUUACUAGAUAUUUAAUUUAAUUUAAUUAAAUUUAAUGCGGUUUCAGCUGUGUUGAUUCGGUCAGGUUGAGUGUCCAAACGCGUGCCAAACACGCUCAUCAGAUCAGAUAUAGAGCAGAAUAUAUCUAUAUAGAUCUAAAUGUAUGUGCUGACUCAGAUUAUUAGUUGUUGAUGAUUACUUAUUGCACUGAAAUGUGCCUGACACUGUGGAAACCUGCCGGUGAGGCAUCGGUGACGUAUGCCGAUACGCCGCCGGUCUACCAAAAUACUACUAGACCAGCUGCGCUCUGCCUGCGCUGAAAGCUGACCAGGUUUGAAUCAGCGAGCUUUCAGCACACUCUAUACGCCACCGGCCAGCACGAAAAUGUCACUGCGCCCGCUGAUUCUGUCGACACCUCCCCCUACCAUGCCACCACGCCCAGCUUGGUGGACCUUGGUGCGCCUCACUCCACGAAAAUACCAAACUGGCUGCAUGCCAGGCUCCGCCAGACGAAAAUACCACUGUGCGGGGUCCGCCACCCUCCGCUGCCUCACCGGCGGACACGAAAAUAGAGCCCAAUAUGCGUAGACCACUGGUUGUUUAAAUUUGAAUCUCUGCAAACUUGCUGUUCUGAAAGUAAGACAUCAUUCAUAAAACAGUCCAAAUGAAGCACAGUUUAUCUUACACACUGAUGAUACAGCAUCUGCGGCUCCACUAUUAGCAGACACACCUUUUAUCACAGAGCACUAAUGGCUCUCAGUAAGAUAUUUACAGUGUAAUGCUGCCAUAUGGUCAUUCUGCAUGCUGGACCUGUGCAUUAGAACUGAUGCCAACAAACAUGCAUCAGUGUAUGGGCAAAAAGAGUCAGUCUUUAGCUCAUUGACAGAAAUAGGUGAUGAUGACAUUCUUUCUGCUACAUUAAAGACGUGGUCAUAUCCUGUAUUAUCAUCAUACUACACACCCCCCACUUUACACAUCUAUGAUGAUCAGCUGAUAUUGUUCUCAAACGCGUUGAAUAAUUAAGUUGAUAACAAGCACCGUGUUGGCAUGAUCUCAUCUUUUGUGAAACCUGGUUACUAAAAGAUACCCUGGCUAUGCUGAUAUGACCUGGCCUCUGGUGUUGGGUAACUGCCUAUCUAGCCUGUCCACCAUGACUCCCAUUUCUUUUAACUACAGCUUUAAGAAGGAAUGAAAUUCUUGACAUGUUCUUUUUUGUUUUUGUUUGUUUGUUUGUUUGUGUGUUUGUUUGUGUGUUUUUAGAAAGUUUUCCUUGUCCCUGAUCAAAUUAACCCUUUCUUUAAAACUGUGAAAUCUCUAUCCUCAUAAGGCUUCUCAGCAGAUGGAAACAUGAAGGUCUCUAAAUCCUCCUAGUAGACUUGAAAAUGAAAUGUAAAAUUUACUUUCAUCUCUAAACAGGACUUUGGUCCACUAAGCAAAAGUCCAGUUCUUAAGUCCAGGUGAGACUCUUUUUAAGUUGUCAGGAGGGUCUUAACAGCAGGAAAAUGACACUUGUAGUCCAUCUCCUAGAUUCCUUUGUGUGUAGUGGCUCUUGAUGCUCAGACUCCAGCCUUAGUUCCUUGUGAAGCUCCUCUAAAUUCUUGAGGUUGCAGUUAUCCCUGUUUUUUGGUCUCCUUUUCCUCCCUCACUUUUCUCUUCAGUCAACUUUCCAUGAAUCUGCUUCAUACAGAUUCUGUGAACAGACAGACUUUAUAGCAGGGACCUCUUGUGGCUGACCCUCCUUGUGAAUGCGGUCAGUGAUGGUCUUCUGGACAUCUGUCUAGUCAGCAGUCUUCUCCAUGAUUGUAGUUGUGUGUACUGAACCAAAGUGAGAGAAUAAACAGGUGUUUGCAGGUGUUAAGAGUGACUAGAACUCUUUUAAGGCUGAAAGAACUGACAAGAAACUGGAUUUUUCACUAUAUUCUUUACAGAAAUUGGAUUUUUAAUCAGGUAAUAUCCAAUACAAAUGGGCACAUGCACUGAGAAUCCAACAAAAGAAGGAAAACAACAUUGCUGAAUUGAUGUAAAGGCAAAUACUAGGUACAAUAUGUCUUCGGUGAGAGAUGUCUAUGACAGUUGUGCCUUUGAGUGUAAAGCUGUCAUUUAGCUCUGUGUCUGCUUCGCAGAUGCCAUGGUAUGUAUACCUUUAUGAUGUAAUAUUGUCCGUGUUUACUUCCAGAACAAAGUCUCUGAGCGUGAGCACGUCCUCUCAGACGUGUCUAUUCACAUCAUGUUUGCUCCUCAGAGUAAACGUUUAACUGACAUGCUCAGAUGUCACAGAUCAUGAAUGCCUCUUUCAAUAGAAACACAAUGACCUGAGGAAAACAAUUGUCCCUUAUCGUCUGCUUCCUCUCAGCUGCUUUCUGUGUGAUCAUUUUCUGUUUGGAUCUGAAUAGUUGGUCCUAAGUGACUGCUCAGUUCACUAUGGUUGAGAUUGGCUGAUCUACUGGAGCACAGGAGCACAGAGCCCAUUUUGUGUAUCUGUUUUGUAAGUACUUUUUGUGAUGUAUGUAUUACAUAGCUCUUCUUCCUCUUCCUCAAAGUGUUUUUUUCAGCAUUUGUUUGCUUUGGUUGCUGCUCAGAGGAGAUGGGGUGUAGUACAAAAGUGACUCCUCAGCUGUGUCAGAUCUCUGGAUGAAGGUUGCUGAACUAAAUGAUUUCUAAACAAAGACAGCAAACACUGACUGUCCUCUAAUGACUGCACCCCACCCCUGCUAAUACUACAAAGAUGACUUGGCAUUUGAAGCUCUCAGCUAAUGUCAACACAAACUCUGCUCUUCACCUUUGAAAAACUUUGCACAAAAGAAUCUUAAACAAUCGCAGAGCAUUUAUUCAGUGAAAUUAAGACCAUUUCGCUAGACGAUUGAGUUUAAAUCAAAGAUUUGAGCCAUGGCAUGAAAUUAAAACAGUCAAUUUGCCACUUUUUGAUAUGUGAUAAUGGCAAACUAAACGUGCAUUCACAUGCUCAUUGUAAAUCUUUCCUCAGACUCUAUUCAGCCUGUGGGUUCAAGUCAAAACAUGGAAGUAACAUGUGAGUGUUAAAGUAAACAUGUUGGUUCUAUUACAGGAAACAUAACUUUUAGGUUGCAUGCAAAAGAACCAAUAUGUACAGCUUAAUGCCACAUUAAAAGGAACAUGAUGCAAUAUAGAUGAUAGUAGGUUUUUAAAGCUCCUAUAGGGAGUUUUUUAUGUUUAUGAAAUAGACUGAAAACCACAUAAUUGUCUAUAUAUUGUGAUUAUUUUUAUGUCUGAAACUGAUGAGAGGGGGUGGGUCUGAUCAGAGCUAAAGGAAAAGUCCUGCUUUUACACUGUAUGCACAAUAUGUUUAUAAUGAAACAUUGGUGUGGCAGUUGAAAGUCCGCAGAAUGAGAUUUCAUUAAAACUGUUCACAGAGGGGGCAACAUGAAAUAUCCAUCUACUUCCCUGUAGUGUUAGCAUGUGGCUAAUGGACUCAAUGCUCCAACAGUCUACUUAUCUGGUACAGUUGAAUAUAUAUUGCUAUAAACGACAAUACAAACCUGAGAAAUAUAAAUAUACUGUCGAAUCCCAGUCUACUCACAUGUUCCUGAUUGCACGUGCAUGGAUGGCUUAUAGGUGACAACUUUUUUCAGUGCAGUGGCACGUGUCCUUUUAGCAAGUCCACUAAAUCUGCAAGAUACAUUAGACAGGUACACAGGUGUUUGUGCGCAGAACAGCAGGUGCACUGACUGGCUGUUCAGGUCACCUCAAACGCAUUUCUCCUGAAGUCCUUUGUCACAGUAUAAUAUAUAUGUUGUUUGUAUCCAAACUAUAUUGUGUGCAAACUUUAGCCCCAAUGAUUGCUGUUGUAGCUAGAGCUGUGGGAUAAAUCAGUUAAAUCUUAUUAGUGGUUGUUGUGCCCCUCCCCCCUCAUUCACUUGCAGCAGACACAAUGACAAUUAUAACAUGGCUGCUAGCGAGAGUGAAACUCAUAUUCCCAUCGAAGGCUUUAUCUCAUCAACGGGUUUCAAUUUACCAUGUCAGACCUUGAACAAACACCAUUAUGGAGAGUCACAUCUUUGUCAUUUGUUGUUUUAUUUUUAGGAGGAAAACAAAAAUAUAUAGAGAUUGUAAAUAGAGUCACCUGAGACUGUACUUUUGGCCGUAUCGCUCAGCCCUAACUGUACAUAAGAAUAGAGUGGACAAGUCAAACAUCAUCAGAUGGAGGUGAUUUAAUCUGAAUAUCUUUGCACACAUGACAAUAUUUUCUACACAGUGUAAAAUCCAAAGGGGUGAACAGGUCCACUGGUGUUCUGAACCACAAACAGGAAAUCACCCUUCUUGUCUUCACACCUAAAGUUCACUUUCUCCGAGUGACUUGACCGGUCUGUAUCUUAUAGUUUGUUUUUAACAGUUUGUAAACAUGUCAAAACUUUGCACAGCUGCUGCUCAAAACUGUUGAAAAAGUUUUACUUCCUUUUGGAUCAGUUAUUCAAUAAAUUAAAAUCUGAUCCUGUCUGGACUCAUUUCAUGUAAACCGAAAAAAAAGUGUUUCCUGAUUUUAAUUUUGACACUUAUAGUCUACAGCUAAAAAACACAUCUCAUAAAACAGUAAUAGAAACUCAGCAUACUUAUCAGUGUAAUCUGAUACUUUUUUUGGAUCAGGUUUAGAAAAUAUCCCCUUAAUUUGAAAUACUGAAUUUUCUGAUCUUUAUGGGCUAUUAGCCAAAAUCAUCAAAGCUAAAGCAAAAAACACUUUAAAUAUUUCAUUUAACAUCCAAUGAAUAGUUGUCAAUCAAAUAACAUAACAAAGACCUCUUUAUUUACAAUACUCCAUGUCUGAGCUGCUACUGUGUAUUGAAUAUUAGUGGGAACAGUUUAAGAUAAAAAAAAAAAAAGUUUCAUCCUUUCUUUCCAUAAAACCAUAAUGAAAACACUCUCUCAUGAGGCUGUAAGGAGAGGUCAAAGGCACCAAACUGCUGUAACUUUCAUCUGAAUACAGGGGAAAAAAGAGCAGGAAAAGUUCAUUUCUUUUUUUUCAUCAGGGUGUACUUUGGUUUUAAUGCUGUUCAGUCCCCGGGAGACAGGAAUUUUAAUCAAUGCUCCGAGGAUUUGUGCAAGCUGGAGGUAGAAAUGAAAGAGAGUGAUCAGCAGACUGAAAGUCCUCUUUCAUUAUAUGGGACUGUAGUUUUCGUUGAAUGUCACAUAUUGAAGUGUUUCUGACAUGAAAUUACCUUUGUCUCUGCAGAACGAUGAUUUCAACAGUCACGCCUUGACAGAGGGGGACAGCCUAAAUGUAAGUGUUGCUCUUGACUGCUUGGGCAUUUGCUUAUUUAUGAACACAUCCUGUGCUGUUAAAAUGAGACAGUUAUUGUCUACUAAGGACUGAUGUUUCAGAAGAAUAUCAUGUUAAAUGUGAGGACAGAUAGUUUUAUUUGAGGCAGCAUGUCUGCAGUCAAAAGGACUCUUUAGUGGACUAAUCCUGUUCAUUUCUGCUGCAGCAUUUUACAUUUGUAGACACACAGUCCUGUCAAAGUUGAAAUCCAGAUUAUUGUGGCUCAAAGGAUAUCCCGUGACAUUAGUGCUCAGUGUGUGUCUUCCUGGUCUGCGUGGCAGGUCAUGGUUGGGACCCUGAGCCGGGUGACUCCAGGUGACUGAGGGCAUAUUCUCUGAAAGAGUCUGUUUGGUUUGGCUGAGGGGCUUAAUAGUGAUUAAAAAUCCCAUGGCAUAGCCAGGAAGCAGAGAUGGCAUAAAGCUACUUCAAGCUUUCCAGGCACUUUACUUUUCUCUCAGAAAAUCUAGAUAUCUAGCAAAACAAUAAAAAUAGUGGUUUGAAAUAAGAUCUUAAAACUUACAUAAUAGGUAAAAUCCAGGGUUUGCCAAUCAUGUCAUACUGAUACAAACAAGCAGAACCAGUGUCAUGAGUUUGUGUUGCAAUGUUGUGAAAACAGUUUUUAUUCUUGUGAUAGGCUUGCACAGUUACACAGUUCAUGUUUUUCAUCUAUUACCAGGCCAAAAAGAGCUAACAAAACAUGCAUUUCAAACUUUGAUCUCCAUCUCUAUCUGCUGUUCUUAUCUCACUUAAGACUUUGUAAUAUUCAUUUUUGUGAUGAAUAUCACUAAUUAUUUAUCAAAUUUUGACAACUGAUAAUUUGAAGGACAUUUUAAAUUUAAUAGGGGUUAAAGUAUUGGUAUUGUUUUAUUCUGUGUGUCCAGAGUGAGAUGGGAAAUGAGGCCCCGAGUGUGACGGAGAACUCCAGAGAACCGUCUCGGUCUUUCCUGCUCACCAUCAACCUGAAGGAAGGACGGAAUCUGGUUGUCAGAGACCGCUGUGGUAAGAAUCCGGCUUCUACCAUCUAUCAGGGUUUAGGAAAGUUUUCUCUAUAGACAGACUUUGUGGUGUCUGCCUGUUAUAAGGUUUAAGACAAGAAAAACACACCAGGAGUGUGUAUUCAUUGUUUUUGUAUGCUGAAGGUGGCAGCUGCACUAGGGCUCUGAUACAGUUCAUAACAUGUGGUCUGAUGUAGAGAUCUGUGAUGCGUUUAGAGAGAUGUUGGAGCUGAGUCAAUGUUUGUGGUGGCUGGAUGUACUUUUCCACCCAACUGAGUCAAACCCUGACCUCUGAGUUGAUUUACCCUUGGAUGAGUUUCUUGACCAGACCAGCUUAUCUGAGUAAUGGUUUGUUACAUUUACCUUGGAGGUCAGAUGUCAGGGCCGGAAAUGACAUCCAAAGUGGGUUGUGAGUUGAAGUUAAAUUAUGAAAGUAGUGGUUGAUGUAAUUACGCAAAACAAAACAAAUUUGCCAUUAAUGCUACUAAAAGAACUGCUGUUUCAUUGCUGAUGCAAGGAGAAACCAUCCCAGUGUACCUGAAGUUGCUGCUGGUUUCCUGAUAAGAAUUCUGACUUCAAGUGGCAUUCAGGGUCACAUUUAUGGCAGGAAUGUCGGAAUUUACAACCUCUGAGAUUAAAUGGACUACACAGUCAGUUCAUUCAGCUCUGAGAGGGUUACCUGAAGUUCAGCGUGUACACUGGGACUGUUAAAAUGAACACAUUUAUUGAGCUCAAGUAUGUGAAAUCACCAUAGCAACAGGCAACAAAAAGUCUUAGUGUAAGCCCAAAACCCACAGGAUCUGUGUUGAGUGCAUUCUGUCAGUGUCGCACGGUAAAUACAUUCCCAUUGUAACCAAGGCAGCAUAUUCCACAGGGAGCCUCUCCUUAACCGGAAGUUAAGCACAAGCAGGAUAUAGUGAAUACUGUGAAUUUCAAAAUAACACAUCAUAUUUGGACUUGUGACUGUUUAUUAGUUUGUGUAGAUAAGAAGUACUUCCUAGUUAUGGAUUUACAUGAACACAUUGAACAACCCCAUGGCCUGUCCCUGAUCCAUGCGGACCACAACAGGACUUUGAGCUGCUAAUUAUGUCUGAAGGUAACAACACAGCAUAAAGAAACAUAGUUUACUCUAUUAAACACCAGUAAACCUGCAAAAACCCAAAAUUGGAAAUCAUGUUGCUUUUUCACAUACAGUAAAAGCUCAACAAAAGCUUAACUAGAGCUGGAAAUCCUUGUGCAGUUACAUGGCAAGUAUGGGCAUGUAUUUAAAAAGAAAAGCAACACAGAGGGAUAAGCAGGGUGGGAGAAAGUUACUGCAAAUGCAAUCAUUUGUUAUUUAAUCACAUUGAUAAGAUUACAGGUGAAAACUGGUGGAAAAGUAUUGGACCUAGAUUUUGUUUGUAGAUUGAGAUCCUCUUCAAGUGGCUAGUUUGAGAAGCUGAGAAUGACAUUGAAACAGAAUAGAUCUGAAUCUGUUCAUGUAAGAGCAUGUCCAUGAUGAGUGAUGUUGGUAAGAUCAUCCUGAUACACAGCAUGUGAAGAAAAACGAUAACACUCCUGUAAGUAUCCUGAUAUAACAUCAAGUCAGGGUCUGAAAACCCUCUCCUCACAUAAAUGUGAGUCCCCUGUGGAGAAAUGAAGCCUUCUUAUAUAUAGGCUCCUUCAUAAAAAUACAUGCCCAUGUUCAAAAUAAAAUAAUAAAAAUAAUAUAAAGGAUCAUUAUUGAGGGUGAGUAAAUUAUGGGCACUGAUUGGUGCUUUUAUCGGUAUAGUUGCCUGUUCUUGACUCUGCAUCUCAGACCGUAUAGGUGGCACCUCGGGUGUUAUUGUAUUUAUAUGCAGUUCUCUUACUAUCAUCUUCUUAAGAACUAAGCACAUAAACUCAAAUAAACUUAACUCAGUUCAUCACUCAUUCAUGUUUAUCCCUCUCCUCAUGAGCUGAAGUGCUACCACAUUUAUUAGUCAUUUUACCCUCACAUUAUUUCCCACAACUUUGGUUUUAAGCAGUUUUAAUCUGUUUAUAACUCUUAAUUUACCUUAAAUCUGUGGCAAAAUAACGAGGUAACUUAAAAUAUAUCAUACUCCUUAUUUUCUCCUGAAUUUUAUUCAUGAUUUUUGCUCAGAAAGUGCUCUUAAUCUACUCAAAAGAACUGUGUCCUCAGCCCAUGUGUGUGUUUUAUUGCCCAGUCCUCACUGUGUGUUUAGCCUUGGCUGGUAAAUGACAUCCAGGAGUGUGCGUGCGUGCGUGCGUGCGUGCGUGCGUGCGUGCGUGCGUGCGUGCGUGCGUGCGCGCAUGCUUUCACUACACACCAUGUUAAUGAUUCCAGGGACACCAGAGAUGGCUGAGUUUCAGGUUUACUUCUGCAGUAUAACAGCCAGGGCUGGAUUCCUCACAGCAUAUAAGAACCUGUCUGAACCACACCCUGUAUUCAGUACAGCAGGCUUUUCACUGCCAGUGUGCACUAUUGUGAUCACACUCACUCUCAUCAGGCAGCGUAUUUACACAAGCAGACUGUGGGAGGAGAGAGAGAAAAAAUGAGAGGGAGGGUCAGCUCACUGGAGAGCUCUGUUUCUCAGCCUUAUUGUUCUGACCAGACACUUUUCUUUAGUUUUCUAAGAUGUGAUCAGCUCUUCAUUGUUUAGUUUGUUGUUGUAUUUUUAAAAAAGGUCACCAAAGACAAACAAAAGGCAGAGGUAGGACAAGGCACCUGCCCACAGCAACAAAACCUCUAAAAUAGUUUCCUGAUACUAUUGACCAACCAGCAAACUCCUCUAAGCCCCACCAGAUGAGCUGAAAGCAACCUGGGCUUCAGUACCACCUCAGCAGUGCCAACAGCUGAUUGCCUCUUUGUCACACUGCAUUGAUGGAGUUAUUUGUGGUCAAGAUGCCCCAACCAAGUAGAGUACAUAAACAAACGUACUUCUCAGAAGCUAAACAUUUCUGUAUUUCAAAUCAUUUUAUUAAAAUGGAUUUUAGUAUAUAUUUUAGGUACCAGGUUUAUGAUUUUCUUGAGCUAUGAGGCCCAAAAUGUCAAAGCUUUAAUAGAAAUAUUUCACAUUACAUCCAAUGGAUUAAAAAAAUGAAAGUUUACCCUUGUGGAUUAAGUUUUUUUUUUUUUUUUUUCUUUCUUUAUUAUACUCCUUUUUUAUGUGCGGUACCUGUAUCAUAGGCUAGAAAUUUAAUGCUGUUAUUGCAACACAAAACACAAAGGCAGAGGCAGCUUUGUUUACACUGGAAAUAGAUGUGUGUCGUGCUGCCCUCAGCUGGUGGACUGACAGAAUAGCUUCAUGUCAUAAACUGUGCUUCCUCUAGACUUGGAGUGUAAAAACUGUGUCAGAGCAGCAUCCCCCAUCAUUGAUCAGACUCUGGACCCAUGUCUUAAUUUAACCCUCAUCUGGUACAAUCUCCUCUUUUCUUAUCAAUGUAUGAUGCAGCAUAUUAAGGUGUUAAUAAACACACAAAGAUCUGCCCUCAGCCUUCACAGUGGAAGCUAGACUCUGAUUGGCUUGUGUUUCAGGAAGUUGUGGCCACAUCAGUUGGGGAGGAAAAGAAACCACAUCCUCAACACACACACUCGAGAGAUGACACCAUGAGAUCACUGAUCUUUUCAUUUAUUGUAAACCAGUCUGAUAAAGUAACUUGUGACAGAAAAAUGGAGACAUGGUUGCUUAACUGGUUUCUGUUAGAGUCAGUGGUAUAGACAGGUCGUCUAGAAACAGACGGAGUGGAGUUCUUGGUUACAACAAAUUUGAACUACAACUUUCACCACAAAGGGGGGAUUUUUAGGGGGGAAGUAUAAAAACAAACGUGGGAAACUCUUGCUAAUCUGUAAUUUCUGGUCUAUAUAUAGUCAUUCAAGUCUGCUGUAUAUGAUGUUCUAAUGUCGGCAGCAGAAAGUACACCCGUUUGCUCCAAGAAAAUGCUGUAAUUAAUCUAAUGAGAAAUAACAGGCUGUUGCUAUGAACAAAAGAUCAAUCAGAAUCAGUUAACUAACACGGUCAUGUGAUGAUGUUUUGUAUUAUCUUUAGGCACCAGUGAUCCUUAUGUGAAGUUUAAACUGGAGGGGAAAACUUUCUACAAAAGCAAAGUGGUUUAUAAAGACCUGAACCCGACAUGGAACGAGACCUUUUCCCUGCCUGUGAAGGACCUGAGCCAGAAACUUUACAUCAAGGUAACUUUUACCGGUCCCUGUAAGUUAGGUCUGGUUUUGAUUGGAACCUUUUCAUUUUUACUCAUGACAUCUGCAGUGUGAUGUGGACAUGUUUUCAGAGAAACUUCUUUAACUUUCUAAAUGUGAUGAAUGCUUUUCUGGAAAACUCCGGACAAUAACCGUUAUCACACCUCAGGUCUGACACAUGCAUAAAGGGAGGGGUCAUCAGCAGCUGAGUAAGAUCUGCUGACACAUGAAUGAUAUAUUUCAUUCAACAACAACUUUAACACGUCUCCUCGAGUCAACUUUAGUUUCAGCCUCCUCCUCUUUCAGCUGAAACCUUAGAACCCCUUAACCGGCGUUCACACCAGAAGUGUGAGCAGUGUGGCCGCUGCAGGACAGAUUCAUUUUCAUUUCGGCAUUCAUGUUUACGGAUUUGAGCUUUCAGACAGCUGCAUGUCUCACACUCACCUGUUUUUACUACAAGCCACAUGUAGAAAACAUCUCGGCCAUGAAAUCUAGUACAUGGUAACACUUCCUUUUCAAAGUAAGAGCCAGGUUUUUGUGUGGUUUCUGCUGAGAGGCUCUCCUUGUUUCCACAUAGUACUUUCAUUCUAGAUAUCUGUCUGGGACUGUAUUUGAAGUAUUUGCGAACAGACUUGCAUUCUCUGACAGACAGGACUCAGCGUGUGCACACAAAAAGUUUCAUCUCUAGAUCUGUUGCAGUAAUCAAAGGAGUUCCCGAGGGUCAGUGUUGGGACCACUUUUAUUUAUUUAUUAUUUCAAUUGUGAUAAAAAUGUGUCCCAUGCAAACUUUAAUUUUUAAGCUGAACACACUAUGAUAUACUGCUCAGCAUCCACUCCAGCCCCAGCUCCUGUACCUUUAACUCUAUUGAACCAUUUUUUUUAUGGUUUUACAUCUCAAAAAAAGCAGCUGGAGAUAAGAUUAAAAUUUAAAUUUGGCUUUUAUUUUGGAAUCAAUCCUGCUUUUCUCUCAGUCUGAGAAGAAUUCAGUCUUUGACAUUUGAUAUGGAUUCUAGUGAUAUGUUGUGCAUGAACACCUCUGCUUAGAGUAUGCAUUCUCUGGACACUAGCACUGAGGUUCAUCACUAUUUUAAAGCUUCAAUCAUCACAGUUACUGAAACAGCAACAGCUUCUUUUUUGUCGAUCUAUCUUUGAGCUGCUUUCUUCACACUUCAUACCUACUAUUACUCAAUGUAAGGACCUCUUCUUACAGUUAGGUCAAAACUGAAAUGAGCAAAAAAUUUACUUGGUUUACCCAAAUUAAAACCACAAAUUUACAUUUCUUUACUUCUGAAUUUCCCAAGUCAAUGGUCUUCACUUGGGAUGGAUUUAAAAAGAGCUUGAGCUUAAAUGAACCGGCUUAACUGGAUAUAUUUAAGGUGAUGUUGAAUAACACAACAGGGCAGACACAUCUGGCUAUAGGUGGUCUGCUUGAUGUACACAUUACCUCAGAUGAUUGGGAAAAGGACUUGUUCGGUUGUUUUAUUCAUUACUCUUACUAAUUUUACUGUUUUAAUUCUACUGAAGUUAAUAUUUAAAAAACAUCUAGUACAGAAGAAGUUUCCUGUAGUGUGAUCUCCCUCUCCCUCUUUUGGCUCUCUCUCUUUCUCUCUCUUUCACUCUCUGCUCAUGCUGUUGAUUUUUUACCUGUGUAAAUGAAGGUUCUGUUAUAAAAUUCAAAUAAGGUGAAUUUAGUGUAAACCCAACCCCGAAACUGGUCUAGCAGCAGAAACCAGGUAUGGAAAACAGCCUGUGAAGUGAGUGUGAAGUAUUUAGGCUGACCCUGUGUGAGCUUCCCAACUGUCUGAACGGUCUGUCUGCUCGAUUGUAUGUGCAACGCUGAUAUUUGUAUUGUCUAUAUUGGUUAUUGAACGCUGAUGUGAUUUAGUGCACCUUGCCGAAGACAAAUUUCCCCUCGGGAAAAUAAAGUGUAUCUCAUCUCAUCUCAUUUACAUGACACUCUUUUCUGUAAAACAUGGAUCCCAAUGAUAUUUAUAAAGUAAAGGAAUGUAAAUAUGUGGCUUUAAUUUGGGUAAAACUUCUGAAGUUCACUGACAGCUGCAGCUCACACAGCCCACACGGACACACCUGCUGUGAGGACUUCAUGGUGGUGUUAGAGCCAACACACCGACUGAGUAAAGCUUAGGUAUUCAAGUUUGUUCCUAACUUUGAUGAUUGUUUUCAGUAUCUGACUAUUUUUUUCCACACUCAUCACAGCAACAAAUAUGUGUGACAGUUGUAAGUUGAACCCACUCACCCUCUCUGUAAUGACUCUGCUCUCCUAAACACUUUGGGCCUGAUCUACUAAAGGUUUGCCUGUGCAAAAACACGUGCAAACUUGAUAGCACACGCACACCUGAUCUACUAACCGGAUGCACCUAGGAUUGCGUCUGUCAAAUGAGCAAAACAGCAUGCGCAAUCGAUUUAGUGUGUUUGACUUCAUGAAUAUGCAGAAUAUAUGUAGAUCAUCAGAAUGUGCAAAAUCCUGGGAGGAGCAGAUGCAAAUGGAAUCAUUUUGCACCCGCAGUGUGAUCUAUCAAACCUGGAACCGGAUUGCGGUUGCUGUUUUGCUUCUAUAUUUAGAAAGUUUGAAAGGCAUGUGCAAACUGUCUAUUUGGGAUCUUAGUAGAUCAGGCCCUCUGUGUGUUAACAGCCUGUUGAUAUUUGACAUGACAGGUGUACGACCGUGACCUGACAACUGAUGACUUCAUGGGCUCUGCCAACGUCACCCUGAGUGAUCUGGAGAUUGACAAGUACGUUUCUCAGAGUCAGUGUGUGGUAUGUGUGCACACUGCAGGACUUCAAUAUAGCAGAAAGUUCAGGCACCAGUUCAGUGAGGUUUUGUACUCUUUGAUCUUCUCUCAUAUACAGUGGUGCUGUACAUAGUGACUUUAAUCUGAUGAAGAGCAGGUUUACUCGAUGUUCCUCAUCUGGUGAAUUAAAUUUCUGGUGUGUUGGAGCAGCUUAUAGAAAUGUUUAUGAGGUGUUAAAAGGUGAGAGCAUACUGCCUUAUAAAGAUGAUUUAUAACGUGUUAUACAAAAACACUAACACUAUGAAGGUGUAAUUCAUUAUAAACCAUACCUUCCUUAUGUUUACUGAUUAUGACACUUCAUAAACAUUGCUGUAAUUAAUGCUUAUAAACACUUGAAAUGAGAGUUAGAGAGCCUAAUAAAUGUUUUUUGAAGGCUUUAUGGUCGUGCUUAUGAUUUUUAAAAUUUUUUUAAUAAACCAACAUAGUAUGAUAAAAUAUGUUAUCCCCAACUUUUUCUUCUCUAUUAGUGCACUAUCUACCUCCACACACGCCGAAAGCCUCUGUUCAUGCACCCAAAGAGAUAUGUAUCUCUUCAUUAGUUAUUGUCACUCAGCUGUGGGGUUUAUAUUACAAACCAAGACUGAAUAGUUAACGAAGAUCAUCCACAGAAAAAAUUAACAAGAAAAUUGCAACACAAGCUAAUGACAGCUCAAGAAUCCCCUGAAAGAGAGGGGGCAGGGCAGUGGUCCCCAGUCUCAGGUAAUCCCAUUUGUCACUUAACCUGGUUAGAAAAAAAAGGGAGGAGGACAGAUACACAGUCAGGAACCAUACAGUCUUUACAUCAUGUCCUGAACAAGGUCAUGUUUUUGACAAAAGAUACACCCGUCAGUCUUUUAACUGUUAAAUGUAUCAGACAUUGAGAAUACAGUGUAUUUCUAAAUCAUCUUGACACUAUCUUGUUACAGUGCUUACAGGCAUUAAAUUAUGCGAUUCAGGGUGCCAGCUUACCCCAGCAGUUAACCCGUGUACCCCAUGUUGCCUACGGCUCCAUUCCCACCUUGUCACAUGUUAUUCCCCUCUCUCUCAGUCCUGUGUCUGACUCUGUCUACUGCCCUGUCCUCUCAAUACAGACAUUAAAAGACCUAAAAAAAAAACAAUAGAAUCACUGUGAUCACACAGAGGCAUCAGUGGAAAUCACGAGCUGUCUGUACCAGAACACCUGAGAUCAUGUGGCUGUGAAGUCCAGUACAGCAGCACUGUUAGUCAGAAUAACCUGUUUCAAAGUGCAGCCACUGAGAUAAGUUUCUCUCUUUGGCAAAAUUAUCUUUUUAAUUGAAACUUAAAUUUUGUCUUUCAGGGUCAAUGAGAUGUCUCUGCCCUUAGACGACCCCAACAGCCUGGAGGACGACAUGGGGGUCGUGUUGGUGGACCUGAGUCUGUCACACAGAGACGGCGACAGCAAAAUAGGCCAUGUGUGGCAACCUCCCAUAUAUAUUUACUGCAUGUUGUCUGGCAGUAGGGAUACUUGUGCUGAAUUGAAUUGAUCACACAUUAGUGUUUUUACACACUGUUGUUGUCCAUGUCAUACUAACCACAUUGUUGUUUUGUUCUGUUUUGCACCUAACAUGCAUGCUCCUGCUGACAGCGGUGGCCUCAAAAACAGAAACGAAGCCUUCGGGUAAGGCACAGUGGGGGGGAACAAGCCGGACAGACUUGAAGUGAUGUUUUAAGGGUUGAACAUUUCGGAUCCAUACCACAGAGAGACAUCAUUAUACCUGCAGGACAGAAACAGGGAUGAAGUCAAUCACUUCUACCUCUAGCUUUUUAGACUGUUAGUACAGAAGCUGGUCUGAGAAUUGUUGUUUCUUUACACAAGAGGGCAGCAGAUUCCCACUUUGUGUGUGUCUUUAGAUGGAAAUAUAACCUUAGAGGAAAAAAGAUGCAGUUAUUAAUUUUGAGAUUGAUGAUUAUAUGACAUCAACGAUAAGAAGUCUGUUUUUUUUUUUUUUUUAACAGACCUCAUGAAGCAAAAUCACAAUCAGGAUUAAGGUUUAUUGUAAAGAAGUUCACACACACACUUGGAUGGGGGGGGGGGGGAUUUUGGUGCCAAAAUGAAGAAGCAGGACAUAAUGAAUAAUUAAUAUAAGGAAACAAUAAAAAAAAUUUGAAUUACAUAUUUUAUAUAUAUAAUAUAAUGUACAUAUUUUUAAAGUAUUAAUGAUAAGCUUGUACAGUUUGCACUGUAAAAUAAGAUGUUAUAAUAAUAUACUACAAUUUAUUUAAUGAAAUCACUUCUCUUUGGAAAAAAAUAGCUUUUGAAGGGUUUUUCCUUUUUUAAUAGAUAGCAGAUAUAGGGUGGACUGUUUCAGACUCUUUGAAUGAGCUGUAAAACUCGCAGGCAGCCGGUGGACUUGAAUGUUGCUCUCUCAUGUCAAGAUUAAGUGGAUUACAGUCGUUAAGUGUAGAAGAAAAAAGGGACCUGAUUUUAGUUAUCUGUCUCAGCUGAGCGAGACAGGACUGUGUAACUUUGGGGUCAAGGGAAAUUACCAAGCUGGAGGUGAUUUUAUUUCUUUAAAAUUAUAUUAUUAUUUGCCGUAGUUUGUCCUCAUGGCUGAAACUAAACAUAUAUUUUCUCUAGAAGUAUUUUUGUUUUACAACAGAGAGACUCUGCAGCCUGAGCUUUGUAUGUAAAAGAGCCAGCAAGAUUCAAUGUCUAAUGUGCACAUCAUGACACAGAGCUGCGGCAAGUAACAUUGCAUUGGUUCAUCUGGCCGCCUUUUUUGAUGGUGCUCAUGGGAAAUGCAGUCUUUAUUCUAGGAAAACACUACCAAUUCUACCCAAAGGGUUCACCAAAUCAGCACAAAAGAAAAACUCCUCACACUGCCCUCAGACUGGGAUGAACACGAAUCUGAAAAAUCCCCCACUGAUCAGCUACUUACAAAUAUGUCCACCCCUGACUGCUUUAAGGUUUAAAGUUUAAAGACUUAGACGCCAAAAGAUCCUGAUCAUUCGCACCAUGUAAUCCUCUUUUGAAUUCAGCUGUCCCAUAGCAGAGAAGAAGAGAGGAGAAUGCCUUUUUUCAAGACGACAUCCAAAUGAGACAUAUUUUGGAUUUUUGUUGUCACUAAAACAGGAUUUCCUCUACUUUAAACAUCAACCCUUUCCAACAUUCAGAGAUGUUUGAAAUACACCAACCAGACAUAAUGUUAUGAACACCUAAACAACCUGAUCCAACCCAACACUGCAGCUCUUCCCAAAUUCUGCUCUUCAGAUCAUGAUCAUUGUUCUUUAUGGUAACUGAAGCUGUUGUGAUUAUAUUAAAAGAUGUUCCCAAUAAUUUGCUCCUUUCAUGUUUGAUAAUAAAGAGGACAAAAUAUCAGGAAUACCUUUCAAUAUAAUGAACUCCAGCGCACCCCUACUCACUGUGCCUUCACUAUAAAUGUAGAGUGCAGUAAUCACCUCCAAUCAUGUCAACAAACGCUGACAAUUCAGAAGCUUUCUGAGAGUAGACUUUGAGGUAGAGCUGCUGUAUGGAUUGCUUUACACCACCCAGGUGUUCAUAAUGUUAGGGCUUGUCUGUGUACAUGAGUGGCAGUCUGAACACAUGGCAUUUUUUUUUUCAUGGGAUUUGAUUACAAUAACAGAACAUUUAAAAAUAGCUGUAGCCAUGAGAGGAGUCUGGUGGUUGUGUUCUUCACCCACUGAGCAGCUGCUGGAUGCAUGCUUUGUUUUUGUUCUCAUCCCAUCUGUACUAUGUCUCCUCUGUGGUGCACGAGUCUGUGAGUGUGAGCAGGUCAGCUCUAUAUGAAGGUGCUCAAACCCGCACAUCUGGCAUUUCUGUUCAAUCCUGGGAUUACUCCUGACACUCCUAGCCCUGUCUGCAUGUGAAGAGAUUGAGCAGAUCUCUGUUGGGUUGUUGUUUGUGAUACUGAACAGGUGUACCUAACAAAGUGGCCACUGAGUGCACGCUCACCUGCUACUUCAGAUACUCCCCCUUCAUGCUGUUUCUGAAUCAAAAACUUGAAUUUCUGCUUGUGCAUGUGGCAGAACAUCCUCAGACAUGACAUCAGAGUCAGUUUGAUCUGCGUUAAUUGAAUCUGGGUUAAAUUAACUCCCUACAGCGUGCCGUGUCUCCAUGUAAGCUCGGCUAAUUAUCUUAGAAUAUGGCUGCCUAUUAUUGUAAAUGGAAGAGAGACUCAGUUCUGCAUUGUAGCCACUGCAAGCUUUAGCUAUAAUCUCUGAGUGAAAUGAAGGAAUAAUUUUAAGCCCUUUUUUUCUGGAGAAGAGAGAUAAUGGUAUUUCUGCUUUGCAUUCUGCUUUGUCUGUUAUAAUGGCUAAAGCAGUGAUAUGCAGAGCAUCCUUUUAUUUGACUUUCAGCUUUAUUUGGCAUUUUUUAUUGCUAAGUAAAUAUAAAGAUAUUGUUUUAGAGAUAUAAAGCAAUCUAGUCCUUUAAACUAAAGUGUUUCACGUCCUGUUUUCUCAGUAAAAAUCGAUUUCUCUCCCCCCUCAUUCCCCCCUCUCCCCUUUGUUUCUCGGCCCUCUCCUGCAGUCAGGAGGCUCGUCUCAGAGCUUUCGCCUGUCAGAGACACUGAGGAAGAGUCAGCUGUGGACGUCUGUGGUGUCAGUGACUCUGGUCGAGGGUCAGGAGCUGCCGCUGGAUACGCUGGGGGGUCAGCUCUUUGUUCGCUUCAGACUGGGAGAGCAGAGAUACAAAAGCAAGGUACUGACUGAAGGGAGAGGACUGACGUUAUUCGCCCCCCCCUUGAAUUCCGCUCUCGUAUUUAAUGCUGCUUCUUUUGCUCUCACUACUUCUUUUCUCUUCUGAUGCAGUGUCUGUUUUUAGUUUUGAACUUCUCAUUCUCAUUUCCCCUCGACUUUCACAAAAACAAAUCUGAAAAACUGGAUGAUUUUUUAAACCAGUGUCUUUACAGUACAUACUUUUAGUACAUAACCAUCACAACACAGGGCUGUGUGGGUAUUUGAAUCAAAUGAGCAACUAGGAUUGCUAAAAGUAAGUCAUAGGGAAAUGGAGAGAAAAGGCAAAAAUGAUGAAGAGGGUCCCAGUACUUGCUUCUGUUUAAUACUAGAUGCUCAAUCUAAAUGGUAAAAAAUGAAAAUCAUCCUUUUAGUGAUUCAGUCGUAUCUUCAGCUUUAGAUUGAUUACUGUGACAUGCUGAUGCCUGGCAGGUGGCGAAGACCCAUGAUAGUGGUUGGAGGAGUGAAGUGCUGGUUUGAAGUACACACAGACUCCAGUGGAAAGUUCAGUGACUCUUGUGUUAGUGUUUGACGUUUCCUCUUAACUUUCUUCCUCUACUCUGUUCAUCCCGUACAGAAGGCAGCAGUCCACAGCUGCCGAGGGCUGGCUACUGUCUCAAUUAUAUUAACCCCAGUUCAGAUUGUGGUUCCAUGCUUUGCCAUAAUUAUGAUUCUUCUAGAGUCUUAAUCCUUAUUCAAAUAGUAAUGGAUAUUUAUUGAAACUGAAAUAAGACUAUCUUUAUUGUUCUUUUUUCUUCAUUUGUAAAAACAAAAGAAACUCUUUCUGAUAAGAGGGAUCACACAAGAAAAAUUACAAACCAGGAAUAUUGAAAUUCAUGAUAGAAACCUCCAACUAAAACACAUUUAUAAUAACACAUUAUCAAUACAAAUCGUGCAUUUAGCAAACCUAAGCACUGGGGACUCCUUACAGACAAAGAGGAGUAACCUCUUCACCAAAAACCUUCUCCUCCACUUUAACCUAGCUUGUCUUGUUGCUAAAGUGAGCAGAGUUUCUGCACAGCAAGGUCUUUAGUAGGAGGCAAUCAAACAAAAAUGUAUUUGUAAAAAUGAUUUGCUUACCUUAACAAAUGUGAUCAUGAGCUCAACUCUGUUUGGUACCUAAAUGUGAUGUUAAGACAUUAUUUGUCAGAAAAACUACUUUGGCGUGCACAAAAAAGGCCACCUCUGUCCACAAGGGGCGCAAAAAUCAAGGAUCAAGAGCCGAAGAUUAUGUGAAGUCUGUGUAGCAGUUGCAUGAAUAGAGAAUUAAGUUUGGCUCCAUUAACCAGCUGUGCUAAAACAACAAAAAUAAAUGAGACCCUUAAAAAAAAGUCAGAUAAAUAGAAUGAUGCCGAAACAAUGACUACAGGUAAACUGAAAGGUGUGUAGACAUGUUACAAAGUCCAUUUAAAAUGUUUCUUAAGUGCAUUUGAAAUAUAAAAGUCAUAUUAAAAUGUAACAAAUCAAAUAUCUUAAUUUUAAGUUCAUCCCUGAUUGUGUGUGUGCCUGAAAUAAUGACCCUCUGAUAUUAUUGUCCGUACAGCUGGAGGGGAAAAGCUCCUUCUCAUUCUCUUAAACUGGGUGAUAAAAGUCUCUGAUGAUCUGGUCUGCUUCCUUUUUACACAACAUGAUGAGGAUGUUCUUUUAUAGGGUGGGCAGAGUAGUUUCACUGAUGUGCACUUGAUAAUCCCCGUGUAGCACCUUCUUGUCCUUAGAGGAUUCGUCCCCAUGCAAAGCUCCAAGGGCACAAAUCUACACAAGUUAAAAGUUCCUCACAAACACGUCAUUUCUGAACAGAAACUUUGACAAAGCUAAAGCGGCUCAAAUUCACCAGAGUCUCCUGCUUGUUGUCUUGAGGAAAUCUUUCAUUUUCUGGAGUUCCUGGGAAUUUCAGAACAACGAGAAUCAGGUUUUAAUUUGAGGGUUCAAUCUGUGUCAGUAGGCUUGGAAGUGAAACCACAAUCAAAACUGCUGUUAACCAACUUAUCGAAUAUAAUUUCUAAAUACGCCUUUGAAAGCUCAGAGUCUUCCCAGAAAACAUUGCUUAAUAUUUAAGUAUCCUCUGGCAGACCCAGAACUGUUGAGAUAAUAGUACUAGUGCUAGCCCUCAGUUUUGACUCAGGCAGCGUUUCUGUCUGAACUCUUGUUUCUGCGCUUUUGUUUGGAAAAAAUGUUCAAGAUGUUUUAGCCUGAAUUUCUACAGGCCUGCUGUUCCUCAGACUGCAGAACCAAGAACAUUUUCCACAUAUUUAAUCCUUUUUUAAUACUGAGUAUGGAGAGACAUGUAUUUAAUAAAUCAGUGUAAAAUGAGAUAAAUGGAUUUCUGCAGUGUGACCUGAAAUGUCUAGGCUGUAAUCCGGCUCAUCCUGGCAGCUGAAGGAUGUUGAUGCUCAUUUUUCUGCACUGCUGGCUCUGUGGCUGCUGUCAGUGAUGAUUAUGUUGUUAUUCUGCAGCAUCAUCCAUUAGACAUCAAAGCUGCAGCCGCAGCAUCAUAAUAAGCAGCAUCGCCUCUUUUCUUUGUCUUUCCUUAAAUGCAGGUUACAUGCAGACACAGUCAUUAAUUGUCAUGCCACUGCUAAGACUUGAAGCUGUUGUUUCACUUGUUUGUUACAAAAGAGAAAAUCACAAACAUGAUUAAAACGACUCCAGAUAUGAUCAGAUAAUUAGAUUAAAAUGAUAAAACUGAUUUACAGAAUCACACAAAUGUUAAGAUGUUAAUAUUUGCUGGUGCCAUCAUCAGUGUGAAAUUCUGUAAAUUAGUCUGUAAUUUUCUGUAUUUCUUACUUUUUUCCAGAGUCACUGCAAAGUACCCAACCCUCAGUGGAGAGAGCGGUUCAGCUUUAACCAGUUUUUGGACAGUUCAGACAUCCUAGAGGUGGAGCUAGUGUCCAAAGGAGGACGGAGGACAGAGGAGUGUGUGGGAAUGUGAGUUUGUUGUAGUCCCUCUGCGUGUGUGUUGUUUAUUGAGGAUGUGUAUCUGUACACACUUAUGGUUCAUGUUUGUACAUUUUCUGUAAAUAAAUAAAUAUCUGUGACUUUAGCUGUACCUUCACAUGUGCACCUUCAUGAACGAGUAAUGUUGUUGUGUGUCACAUUAAUUAUGAUAUUAAAGCUCCUGUGAGGAGUUUUUUGACAUCAUUUCAGGAGCUUUAAUAUGCUUGCAGAGAAAUCAGCCCCUACUCAACUAGGCAUAUUAAGAUCCUAAGUAAUGUGCAAUAUCCUCCAUACUUGUUAUGCAUAAGCAGUAAUCAGGGUCAGGUUUUUAGAGGAAAACCUUCACUUGAUGGGUUAGUAAUUGUAGAAUACAGAAUAAGGUGUUGAUUGUUUUGUUCUUUGGUGACAGAAACAGAUGCUUGAGAAAUUGAAAAUAGAUUGUUCUUUUAUGGGUAAGAUUCCUUUUUCUUCUUCUUACACUCAGUCUAAUAAGAUGACUCCAACACCUCUGACCAUUUCCAGAGGGACUAGAAGUGUAAAUCAAUCAAUCAAUUAGCUCUGUAAAAAAAGUGUUAAAAACACUGAGACUGAUGCUAUCAGCUGGAACACUGGCAGAUCCGCAGCAGGAUGUCUGCAGCAGUGAUCCAGAGAAACCUACAAAAUGAUGGAGCUCAGAGAUUCCCAGAAGAGACUUUGGUGAUUUUAAAGGGACAUGAUGGUUCAGGGUUGAUGACACACAGACGGAAGACUAUCCCCAACAAUCUGAACCUAGAGCAUCAAAUUAAGAGGGUGUGCCAUGACUCUUGUCAACCUUUAACAGGAAGAAGUGAUUGGUAGAUGAAGCCAGGGUGCCAGGGCGGUACAAAAAAAAGCUCAUUUAGCUUGAAACAGUCGGGUCGGCUCUAGAUUUCACAAAAAUAAAGGUAAAAAUUGAUAUUUUGGAGAGUAUUUAUUUAUCUUAGUUGUAAAGAAAGGGGGGCACAGUCUCGCCAGCUCGUUGAAACUGUCAUUCUUGCUUGUGCAUAGUGAAUAUUGGCUGAUAUUUACUGUGGCCUGGUUAUAAUGUGAAGCCCUUUAUGUUUCUGUGCAGGUGUGAAGUGGACCUCACCAGGGUCCCUUUUGAUCAGAGGCAGCUGUUCACACACACUCUGGACCAGGGAAGAGGACGCCUGGUCUUCCUGCUCACCCUGAACACGUGCAGUGGCGUCUCCAUUUCUGACCUCGGCGCUGCGCCGCUCGACGAGCCUCGAGAGCAACAGAACCAGCUGGACAACUAUGUCAGUCCCUCUACUCUGCUCUGUUUGCUCUACCUGUGCUACCAUUAUUCCCCCUCCUUCUGUACUUGCACAGCAGCAGAGUUGUUUUAUCUGACAGUACACUUUGAUUGUUAUUAGAUAACUCAUUGACUUACUUUGAGUUCUAACAACUGACAGAGAGACAUUUUCUCUCCUUUGUAGUAGACUAAGGUCAGUCCACUGUUUGGUGAACAAUAACAACCUCAGGACAUGAUUAAAGGUACUAUUCAGUGAAAAAUCAGUGCAAACUUCCAGUCUGAAACUGCUAAAAGAUGAAAGUGGAGCUUCAGGUUUGGAAUUUUGAUCUGUUCUUUGGGCCUUUGGCUCUGUGAACAGACUGCUGCAGCACCUUCAGUAUAAAAGAGCUCAGAAAUGCCAGUAUCUAUCUUUUACAACUGAGGGUCAGUAACAAAAAUGUUCUCAUCAGUACUGUGCUGAAGUUUUUACAUCCAUACUUUGAUAGCAGCUAGGCAGCAAUCUAGUGAAAAGCUCUGAGUGUGUUAUCUAAAGGCACAGACAGAGCGUGGCUGUAUUUUAAUAGAUGUUGCCUUGAGAUUUUAUGUGCUCUUAAAAGAGGUUGAACUUUGGUUACUGUAGUUUUGGGAUGAUUCAAACCCGAUUUAGCCUUUAACAGAUGGUUGAUUAUGAAAUUAAUAUUUUAUAUUUCAUAACCUCACAAUCUUUUGAACUUUGGGGCCCCACCUCCAUCUAAAGAGGAAAUAAAAGAUAAUUUAAUGUUUAUUAUUUAACAGUCUAAUUAUCAAAUCAGUGAAUCCACAGUAUUUGAGAUCUGUUCAACUCUUGACAGAGUUACACAAACCAAAUACUUGAUUUUAUGUAAGUAUUGAUUUCAAAUACAUGGAGUAGUAAUAAUGGUGAAGGUAAUAAAACCUGUGAGGGAUGCAUAAAAGAAAUGAUGAAAAUAACAGUGAAAGUGAAAUAAACUAGAGCUCAAAGUGAAUACUGGGGAGAUUUUAAUGAGAAAACCAACAAAGUUUCAAUUCAGAGGGGAUCCAUUUGGAUUGGGUUGUUCAAAUGAAUUUUAUAAUUAUUUGUGGUGUGGUAACUUUAUCAGACAUCAACUUUUUAUCACAGUGGUCAUAAGAAUAAGAAUAGGAAUAACUUUAUUGAAUAAAGAUAAAUAAAAAAUAACCUUAUUUAACUACUUUAUUUCAUGGUGUAGCUGGACUGCUCUUGCUUAGAAAAUGGUCAGAGAGCCUCUGUGAGUGUCCAGCCAUCCAGAGCUUUAAGCUGGUGGCUUCAGACACACUGCUCCCUGUCUCCAGUCUGCAGGUCUCAUAGAAAACAUGAAAUUAUCAGGUGACUGUGUUUUGUGACUCCUGUGCUUUCAGUCUGUCUGCAUCUGUCUGUAUUUGGUGCUGAAAGGACUAAUUAAGUCAAGAGUGUACUGACUGUGAUAGAGGCCGAAGCAGAGACUCACACAGCAGGCAGGAAGAAGAAGCACAACUUCAGCUGCAAACAGAAAAAGCCUACACCUCUCUGCACGUCUGUGUGGAGCUGUGGACGUGUUAACUCAUACUUUAGAGCAGACUUACUAAAAAUACAUUAUUAUUUUUUUCACCAACACACACACCCUCUUUCUCUCUUUUUCUCUAUGUCUCUCUCUUUUACCUCUGGCAGCAUGAGUUUGAAAAUACUGUAGAUCAUAUACAGUAUAAUACUGAAGAUUUUUCUAGUUCAAAUAACUGUCAAAAAUGGAUCUUCAUUGUAAAGCAGGAUGUUUUUUAAUGUAUCCAAGUUGUUGUGGAAAAGAGUGACGUGGGAUUUGAGGGUCGAAUGUUGAAAUCAUGUGUUGUUACACAGAAUCUAUCUGCUCCCGCUUUGUUUAAUGGGAUGAUUCUGUGAUUGCCUUUAAGGCCUUGUGAAGACAAGAUGACUCUGUGUCUUUCCUUUUCUGCCACCAUCCUCCAGAGUUUAAAAAGGUCCCUGAGAAACCUGCGUGAUGUUGGUUUCCUUCAAAUCAAAGUUCUGAAAGCUGGAGAUCUGCUGGCUGCUGACUUAAAUGGUCGGUUUCCUCACAUCCUCAGAUAUGAUCUUUUUUUUUUGUCUUUCCAGACAGAAGAAGCUCAGAGUUAUGGUGUCUUUAUUUGUUGUGAUCUGCAGGGAAGAGUGAUCCCUUCGUUGUGUUGGAAUUAGGCAACGACAGACUGCAGACUCACACAGUUUACAAGAGCCUCUACCCUGAGUGGAACCAAGUCUUUACAUUGUGAGUCUCACCCUUCCUUCAGCACAUUUACAGCAUUUGAGUAGUUAAAGCUUGAUGUUAAAGAGUAUCUGAUCUCCCUGUUUGCCUCUACAGCCCUGUCAAAGAUAUUCAUGAUGUCCUGGAGGUGACGGUCUUUGAUGAGGACGGAGACAAGGCGCCAGACUUUCUGGGAAAAGUUGCCAUUCCCCUGCUCUCGGUACACACACCUCUCUCCUAGAGUCAGUGCAGAGAAUACACUCAUCUAUUACCACUCCUAGUGUAAAUUAAAGUGAAGAGGGCGGGUUGAGGACUUGCUAAGAUGUAAUCCAGCUUGACUGAUGGUCAGGGUCAUGGUUGAGUUCAGCACCUGAUGCCCUCUCUGUCCCGCAGAUCCGCAGGGGACAGCAGAUCACCUACCCACUGAAGAAAGAGGACCUGGGCGGGCUGUCGAAAGGGAGCAUCACUCUCGAGCUGGAGGUUAUUUUUAACCCUGUGAGUAAAAGUUCAGCCUGAAAGGAGGACACGAGGGCAUGACGACUGUGAAAGAUAGGCCUGAUUCUGUCGGCUUUUCAUCACUUUAUGAUGCUCUUUUAUUUUUAUCAGGUCAGAGCAAGUAUCAGGACGUUCCAGCCGAAGGAGGGGAGGUUCAUGGAGGAUAACCCCAAAUUCUCCAAAAAGGUUUGACACAACUUAGUUGUUGCAAGUCCAACCCAGAAAAUCUGAAAUCCCAGUUACUUAGAUCUACAUAAAGAGAAAUAGAAAAGCCUUUAGUCUUGCAGGAGCUAAAGCAAAAAUAAGUGAUCAAUAAAUGAGCCAGUUUGACUCAUUUACUUGAUGGACUUCGGUGGUAGGGUUGCCCAAUAUAUCGGUAUUGACAGUGACCAUCUUUUUGGAAAAAUGAAACUAGGACAUCUGGCUCAAAUGAGCAUAUAAUAAUUAUGUGACUUAAUUGCAGUAGUUCCUCAUGCUGGUUGGCACACUUCAUAAAACUCAGGAGAGACGGAAACGAGGCAGAUGUUACUAUUGGGCUAGCUUGUAGCCGCUCACUGAGAGGUGAUUCAGCACUUGCAGAUACUGAAAUGAAAAGUUGGACUGUGAAUCCAAAAAAGCACAAUCGCUUUUGUCUUUUCAGGUUACUUAUUAAUGGAACAUUUAAACUCUCUCUCUGUUCUUUUAAUCCUUUUUAUUCAGAUACACAACUUACAAGAUGCAGGAAGUAGCUGAUAUCUCAAAAUAAAAGCAUAGUCGGUAACACUAUAUGAACCUUCCUCUUAAAAAGUAUCAUAAGGCCAUUUAAAAAGGCUAAUAAAUGCAUCGAUGAGGCUUCACAACAUCCCUUCUGAGUGACUAUAAGCAUCAGUUUUUGGACAGGUUUAAAAUGUGAGGAGAAAAAAAAGAUUAUAAGAUGCUGGAGUUUGUAGCACCUGAGAAAUUGUGAUUUCAAAGUAUUACUUUCACAAUUAACCGAUUAAAAAUCACUUCAACUUAAUUAUGCGGAGUAAUAGCAGGUUUAUGGCUUAUCAAAAUGAUGGCCCUAAAAUCUGCACCGUUGAACAUUUCAAGCAAACUAGAUUAAAGGGUGCUGCACUUGUGACAACAUUCCUCAGAUGUUUGGAUGAUUAGAAAUGUUAAAGUAGGAGGGGAUAGAGAGGCUGUAAAACGGCUAAGUGUUUGUAUUAUCAGUUAUGUUUUUGAAGUCAGCGUGAACAUUCCUGCUCUGCUUUUUUCCUCAAAAGCAUCGACUGCAGGGAGGAAAGUCUUUCCUCCGCCUGAUUUUGUUGAAUCGGGUUUUAAUUGACCCCGACUGUGCCGAGUUCUUGUCUGCUGUUCUGCUACAUUAGUUUGAUAUACAGUGUGCAGGACAGGGUGCGAGACAGGGUGCCUGACUGUCUGUGCUCCCCACAAAGACUCAUUGUUGUCAGACAAUACAUUGCCCACUAACGCCGAAAUUGGCUUACACACUGAGCGCUGGGAUGGUAACGUGCAGCGUUUCGCUCUGUUUUAAUGUUGAAAGUCUCAGUUGACAAAAUCAGGUCAGAUUACUGACAUUUUCUGACCUGUCCAUAAUGGCUCCUUCCAAAACAUACCAGCUACUCGUUUUAUUUCACUCACUGACUGACUGGCUGGAUAUGAGUUCAUUCCCUAUAGAAUGGAGUGCGCACAUACAUCAUUAGGAACACUUUGAUUCCCAUUUUCACUAUAAACUAAUGUAAUAUUCAUGUGUUUUGCAUGUUUUUUAAUCUGUAUGUUUCAGGUUCUGGCCAGGAAUGUGAUGCGUGUUCAGACGCUGUACAGGGCGAUCGUAUCCACACUGCAGUACAUCAAAAGCUGCUUCCAGUGGGAGAGCAUUCAGAGGAGCCUGCUAGCCUUCCUGGUAAUGUGUUUUAACUGCUUAUCAACACACUAUCUGCAUUUCUCUCUGUUUUCCCUCCAAGCUGCGGAAGACAGGCGCGGUCUGGCCAGCCCCUGCUUGAACUCUCCCAGAGAGAAUCUUAAUCAAUGCGGUGUUGGACUCAGCAGAAAACGCAGGCUUGGCCCGGCUCUUGUUGGAGUGGACGCUUUUUAGUGUUGCGUGUCUCAUGGAUGCAGAGUUAAGCCUCAGCUGGAGUGGGUACAGUCCCAGUGGAGACGAGAUAGAGUCUAUUUUUGUUCUACUUCCCUGACAACUCAUUAACCCUCUGUCCAAUCUGUACUCAGUUUGAUUUAGACCCCAUUAUGCAGACAGAAGUCCAAUUAAAAGCCUCUUCAGAGAUAAGGCUUAUUCUCCACCCAGCCAUUGUUUAAUACAAGUGUUAAGCAAGUGUGAAGACAGAAAGACAGGACAAGCCUCUCAGGCCUGAUCCUGAAACUGCACAGAGGAGUGGGCGCUGAUCUUUCUGACAUCAUUCUGUCUCAGAUCCAGCUCCAUUCAAACCAAACAGCCAGUUGUGCAUUAACUAUGCAGGCAAUCAAGGUCAUGAAGAGUUCCUUCAGUUUUUGCAGCCGGCAUCCUGUAGAUGGCACUAAAGUUUUGCUCAGCAGCUCGGCAUAGGCAGCCUGGUGAACAGACACUGUAUGCCAGCCAAUAGCACAGUUUCUUCAAUUUGCUGUGAAAAAUGGGAGCUGCUGCAUGGAGCUGUUAUCUGAACAGAAGCUACCAUUUAGCUCUGAGCAGUGGAUUUAGAUUUGUAAUUUAGGAAAACUUGGACUAAGAGAAACUGAGCUGUCCAGGGUCAGCGUGUUUGAAUCACAAACUGCUUUGUAUGAACAUAUUCGAAUCAGCCACAGCCCGCUGACGGCAAAAUAAGAUUCUUUAAAUUAAAACAGAGAGAAAGCCCAAACUCCCCUGAUCAAUGUUAUGGAUAAUAUUGUUGUUUUGCCUGACAGCUCAGACACACUCACUCACAGUCCAGCUCAAAUCACACAACAGGAACAAGCACACACACACACACGCACGCACGCACGCGCACACACACACACACACACACACACACACACACACACACACACACACACACACACACACACACACAUCCUCCCACUGCAUCCGAGCGUUUGAAAGACAGUACCAUCUGUACUCAUGUUUUCACACUUCCUGCCUUUUCAAGCCUCAGUGAGAAGAAAUAAAUGGCUGCUUAAUAUCGCCACAUGAGAGUGAUGAAGCAGAGCUUCACUCUACAUGACAGGACAGAGAGACAGUCUACCUGCAACAUCUGCCAGGUGUCACAUACUUUCAUUCAGAGCGCUUCACUCAGAGCAUUUCACUUCAGACGCCUCCAUUGUCACUGAGCUUCCCCACACCCUAUAAGAAGAACCAGUGAUCAAAACUUGAGGAGAAACUGAUCAUUUGGUGGUCUUAAUGACUUUAAUUCUUUGGCUGCAACUUUUGAAACUCUUUCCUUAUGAAUCCUGACCACGUAAAAUAAUAUGAUUUGAUGAACACAUCAGUGAAGCUUCAUGGGAAAAGUUUUGAUUGCACCCUGACCACUCUACCCACUGUCCUAAUUCAGAGUGCAUGAUAUCACUAAAGCUAAAUGGGGGCUUGAAAAGUUAGCUAUUAAAAUAUGAAUACUUCUGAAUAUAUAUGUGCGGCCCAUAAUUUACGCCAAGAUAGCUUACUUUAUCAUAUCGGCUGUAUGGAAGUACUCUGACCUGUUGGAAACAGCCAGCAAAUAGCUGUGCUUCACAAAUAGCUACUUGCAAUGCUUGUGAAGCACAGGUGAUGUGAGGAGGAGCAAACAACACUUCUUUAACACUUCCAGUAUAACAGUGCAUCUCAAGAUCUGUCAGCCUGAGCAGCACCGAGAGUUUCUGAAAAAGCAAGAACAAAAAAAAAGGUCAGUGCCAGCAAAAACCUGUCAGCAGCAUCCAGUGAUUCAACAAAACAAAGAAAUGAAGCAGCAGCCACAAAGGUACAAGAGAAGAAUGAAGAAAUCAGUGAACAACCAGCCUUUCAGCAUGGUGGGAAUUUCAGCCUUCUGCAGGCUGAGAGACUUCACCACAGACAGGAAUGACUGUGUGUUUAUGUGUAUUUUGUAAACCUAUAUUGUAAAAUUAAAUUAAAUUCUUUGUCCCGUUUCAUGUCAGUUUCUGCAACAAACGGACUGUCAUGAAAACAAUAACAGGUUUAUCAGAGUUAGGGAGGACAUAUUUUGAUUUCUGAAAACCAAGACACUCUGCACGGCAAUGAGAUACUCUAAUGAUACUCCAAGUUUACUCAAAGACAUUUUAUAAUUUCAAUACAUGAAAAGUAUGCCUCCUCUGUAUAGAUAGAAAAUUGUGAUAUUAUCAAAUUAUAUCUAUAACCAAAGACAUCAAUUCAGAUAGGCUCCUCAGAGGUUACUCAACAUGAUUAUUAUGACAAGUCUCAAAAAACAAAAAAUAAAAUAAUGAAAGAAAUAAUGUCUCUUCUAGAUUAGAAAAAUAAUAAAUAUAAAAACUCAGUAUACCUCUGCUAUAUUAGCAAUCCAACUUGAACAAAAAUAGCACUCAGAAACUUACAAAAACAAAGUAACAAAAAAAUAUCUGUAUCUUUAGUUUUCUUCUUCUUCAUCCUAGUAGCCCAAUGAAAAACAAUCAAAACCAAGACAUUUACUUUACAAAAAACUACCAGGAUGUUAAAACAAGGCAUGCCCUGGGAAAUCAUAACGUUUGGUCACCCUAAUCCUUGUGCAGGAGGUAUGUAGUUUUUAAACUAAAAAAGGUGUGUACAUAAGAGUAUUUUCCUAAAUGACUUUGGAAAUAUUGCCAUAUUAGAUAUUGAGAAUCUAAUAUCAAGCAUCUCAACCCUAGUUAUAAUAUCAUAAGAAUAAUCAAAAUAAUUUAGGGAGGAUUCAGAAAAAGAAGAAUAAUCUUAUCGUUUAUGUGCCGACUAUCUGAUUUUUCAGAUAGUCUGUUAAAAGUACAGUUUAUUAAAGAUUUAGACUUCUCUGCAGCAGCAGGAGGUGUUACCUCUGCUUUUCUUAGAAGAAUAAAGUUAAUCCCACAUUAACUGCAUUAACACUGUUUGCAUUAACACAAGCACAGACUUACAAACAUGAACCAAAGUGAUAUAUGCUUCUCCAGUGAGCCGUCAUUUUGGAGAAGCAGGUUUUGUGCAGCUCACUGAAAUUAGUUCCACUCGCCCUUUCGUCAUUUAUUUUGUUUCUUUAUGGCUUGUAAACAAAAGCAGACUUUUUGCAACAAUUCUUGUCCAGCUGGUGACUUUUAUAUUUUCUUAAUAAUUUCAAAUAACAAUUUUUUAGCAACACAUUCUUAUUGAAUGAAAUAAACAAUUUCAGUAAGUUUACAACAGAAAAAGCAUAAUAACAAGGACAAAGUGAAACUUCAACAUUUUAAAGCUUACCAAAAGAGUGUAGACUGAAGAUACAGCUCAUUUACACCAACACCUCAUAUCUCACAUAAACAUAUUGAUCCUAAAAAAAAACAACAAAAAAAGUGAAUAAUACAUUAUAAAUAAAAUCAUUAUUAUCAUUAAAUAUUUACAUACUUUUAUUCACUUCAGUUUUCUACAGUGUGCUGCAUAUUUAUGUUUAUAUUUCAAUGACUGUCCUUCAUUUCUAACAACCUCUGGAUACUUUGUGGAAAUAAUUCAAUUUUGAAUUUUUAUAGACAGUGUAUAAUUUGUGUUUAAUUGUAAAAAGUAGACAGUGUGUAAAAAGUAUUGACUUCUAAAAUCAUGGCUUUAGUUUUGCUAUUUUGGCUUGUACAUGGUUACUGUGCUAAUGUCACCUUUGUUUAUCCUAAAUAUCUUUUUAUUAUACCUAAAAUCAAAGUUUGGGGCGCUGUUCUCGAUUUAAACCCAAUUUAUUCAAGUUUUCAUGCAAGGAGAAAUUUUACCAGCAUCAGUCACUUCAUUGUCUGAAGUCUCCAUUUUAUCCAAAAGUUGUUUACAUUUUUCCCACAACAGAAAACAGACAAAUCAGCUGCAAACAUUAGGCACAUUUAAAUUAUUAAUAUGCAUUCUGAAAGGCAGUGGUCCAAGUAGGGAACCCUGUGACACACCUGAACAGUUUGAAUUUAUAUUGGAUUUGUCCCACAGAUAACUUUCUCUGAUUUCUUACUGAUUCACGAGCAGCUGGUGAGGUUGAAUUGUAAAUACAACAGCGUAACUCAAACUUUAAGACAAAAACUGCUCGUUUCAGCACUUUCAGGGGGAUUUGCUUUCAGAGCGGUGCUUCAUAUGGUUUGAUCAUUAGCCUACGUUUUUUACUUGAGUUAGAAAACUGGCUUGUCUGUUGUUAGUUUUUCCUUAUUUGAGCCUUAACAGAUGAAUUGUCAGAUCAUUGUUCCUGCUGGUCUCAGUGAUUGCUGUUGAGUAAAAGUAACACAGUGAAGGACUGAAUGAAGUCAGUGGUUCCUGUGCUCUUGGAUUACCGCUGUACCAUGCAAACCCUUCCUCUGAGCAUUAGUGUGGAAAUCCUGCUGCACUCUGAAAAUGUGCUACCCUCCAGUUCAGUAGCUCUCCCCCGAACAUUAGGUAGCCUUUCAUUUUCCUCUGUCUCUCUGAUCUGGAUUGUAUUUCCAGAGCCCUUUUUUGCUGUCAAAGACUGUGUAAUGCCUCUCAAGCUGAAAUGGGCUGCAAUUAUCACUAUCUUUAUGGCCUGAGUAUUCGUUUCCACCAAAGCGUGACUUGGCUUCCCCCUCCAUCCCGGCUCUUGCAGUUCUGACAAAGUCCUUACUAGUAAAACAUAACCCUUUCAGUGAGGACUUGGUUUCAUCUCCCCUCCCAGGCCCCUAUUUUGGCUUAUGAUAACACAGACAAGAGCAUGCUUGGCUUUCUGCACAUUAAGGCUGGUGCUGGUAGUGCUGGUGGGUUGGGGGGGGGUGUCUGCCAUCUUUUAUGUCAGUUGGUGCCUCAGAGGAGUGAUGUCUUUACCAGAUGUUCACUUCUAUUUUUAUUAGUGUAUAAAAACCUGUACACCCUCUCCCCACGCCUUGUGGCUCGCUGCCAUUUUGGCGGGCGCUGCUGCCUCUCUGACAGGAUUAUUUUAUCGGUCCAUUUAGAGACAUCAUAAGCCAUCCUCCUUUAUCCUCUUAUCCUUUUUACCUGAGCCACACACAGGUGGAAUGUGCAUCACAAGUGCCAUUAUGGAUGCUAAUGACAUAUUCACACACGGCUCCCUGUGGCUGCGUGGUCGUCUUUAAUGUACACGAGAUGAGAAAGGCAGAGCAAUUAGACCAACCUGCUUAAUGCCACUGCAUAAGCAGGGGGUGGAGGGCGAGCUGGCCCUGCACAGCGCACACAGCAUAACCUUACAGCUUUGAUAGUAGCGGGGUAGCCUUCAUCAGCUUGACCAGUGCUCUUGCAAUCAAUAGCUUAUUGGAUCAACCUUUAGCAAGCAGGGAUUCAGGAUCUAUUGGAAAUGUCUCGAUGAAGAGCACUUUGUUUCAUCCUCUGGCCCCCCAUGUGUCUGACCUCCCUGAUAUCUGAUCUCUGACCUCCUCUGCCCGCAGGUGUUUGUGGUGACAGUGUGGUACUGGGAGUUCUACAUGCUGCCCUUUUUCCUGGUCCUGCUCAUCUCCUGGAACUACAUGCAGAUCCGGUCCGGUCGUGUCAGUCAAGAUGUGGUGAGUCUGGGGGACCCUUACUGUCUAUCCAAACCUCCACUGUCCCCUCCCUUUAUUUUUUAUCAUAAAAACCAUCCUCCUAAACCACACUAUGCUCCCUGGAUUAAAAGCUGGUUUGUUUCCAUAGCAACCAGCUGCAACCUAGCUACAUAAUAAUAAAAAUAACCCGUAAUACAGAAGCAUAGAAAACUUACUGAAUGGAAUAAUGCAACAUAUGAUUACAGCCUAAGCUAAUUUGCAGUUCUUGUCCUCGUCUAAUGCUGCUUUCUUCUCUUAACUCCUCUUCCCAUUAUUGUCCUGAAUUCUGCUUUUUUUUGCUGUAAUUGGUUUGUUGGUCUCUUCUUGUUGUGACUGGUCAAAUUAGAAAAAAGUUUUCUGCAAGGAAAAGUCAUAGUUCAGUGGGUUUUUUUUCCCAGCUGUUCACCAGACAGAAAAAAAGAUGUUGUUUCUUGUGCGAGCUCAGCGUGGAGCAGCAGCUGUAUUUACAGACUUCAGCGAUGGUAGUUCAACACAGACUGUAAGUUACAGCAAAUUAUAUACACAGAGCAAUGCCUAGACAGCAGUGUACUUUAUUAUACAGCGAAAUCAGGUACAAGUGUGCCGUUAUACAGCCAUGAUGAGCAGCAAGUAGCUUCUACUAAUCCAAUAUAUUCAAGCAUAUUCCUUAUAAAAAAAAUCUGUCCACAAAAAGACCUUGUCACACAAACAACUUGCAGUGAAUUCAUUAUUAAUCUGCCAAUUAUUUUUAUAGGCAAUCAAUAAAUCUUUGGUCUAUAAAUGUCAAAGAGCUGUAAAAAAUAGCUCAGCCUAGUUUCUGAAAACCCAAAGCCAUGUCUUCAAAUUUCUUCUUUUGACUGAUUUCCUGUCAACAUUGACAGUAAAAAGCAGCAAGAGAUCCCCAAACCUGCAGAGUUUUGAAAUUUCUGCUGAAAAAUGACGGAAAUGUUUCAUAAAUUAUCAAAAUAGUUGGCAAGUAAUUUUCCUCAUCAACAACUUCAUUAAUUAUCGCAGCUCCACUUUCCAGAGCCUGAGGCGACUUCCUCCAGUCCUCAUUGUUUUGUCAGGUUUUGUUUUUUAAAGAUCAACAGUUCACACUAAAAAAGAUGUUACAUUAUCUAUAAUUAACCAGAACAGUGAUUAAAUCAUUGAAAUUAUUAUUUUAGCAAAAAAGUUUAAUUUUUGUUGUUUUGAGCCAUAUGAGAGAUGUUUUGAUUGAUAAUGUCAGCAUGAAAAAACCCUCAAAAACAAAGAUAUUAGUAUUGAAUAUGCAGCAAGGGCCCGUAGUAACUGACCUCAUGUCCUUUACAAGUGAACCAAGGCCAGCCUCCAGUUAUUGACCAGAGCAAUCGGAUUUCCAUCAACAUGGAAAACAACUUAGCAGUAAGUUUCCAAAGAGCAUGCACCAGCCCAUAACAUGGACCACCUCACAUGCCUCUCUGCAUGCUUUUGGGACUGGGGUACAAAGGCUGAACAGUCCUACUAACAGGCCCUCAACUUCAAUAUGAACAAUCAUACUUCUUCUCUGGUAGAGAGAAUUUGAUUUAAAGGCCUGCCUCUGACCUAAGCCUGCCUCAUAUAAAAACCCAAUGAAGAGGUACUCUGAGGUAUGUUUUUAAAGUUUAUUGUAAAAAAAAAACAGAAAGUUUUUUCAUGGCUGUGAAAGUGAACUGAAUAGUAUGUUGGUAAGCAACUUUUGUCAUCUAAAAAUUGUGCUGUAUCUUAAACAGCGAUCUGACAAAUAGAGCAGUAUAAGUGGCAAAGAGAAGUAGUGUAACAGUAUUUUACCCAGAAGAUGGUGCUCAAAGAAACAAAUGACUGUUUCAGUGUACAGAGCAUGCUGGAUACCCUAACUGUGGUCAAACCGUGUCUCCUUUAUAAUGACCUUUCCCCCUCUUUUGGUUGUAAUCAUUUAUUUUCAGGAAGCAGAGACAUAUUAUUCAGUAAAUAAAUCUUGAGUGCUAUUCUGACUGAAAAGGCUCUUCAGCUCAAGAAGACCAGAGACCAACAGUAGGGGGUCACGUCUGUGUAAACUGGUCUGUCAGGCUGAGUAUCUUUGGUAGCUGCUGAUAACAGUUCAUAUAACUGAAAGAGCUUCACGUCUGCAGAGAAAUGCAAUGGAGGAACAUAUUCUGAAAUGAAUACAGGGAUUUUCCUAAGAUACUAAUUUACUUUUCCUCCUGACAGAAAUUGAAUUAAAUGAAAGAAUAAGAGCCAGUGGAUUAUACAUAAGAAUAAAGAUGACAGAAAUAAGACUGCAGUACAUACAGAUAUUACAUACAUCCAAGCUUACUGACUUGUUGUGAUUGGAUACAGAAAUAUCUCAUUUAGUUAUUUCAAAUUCAGAUAAGUUGGUUUGAGGCAGCUAGGGCAAUAACUUUUUUAACUCAGAGAACACGUUUAUUUUUAUUUUUUUACAGUGUAUGUAAGUUUAACCAAACACAACAUACAUACAGCUUUAUCUGAGUUUUCUGUCAUUGAUCUCCUGUUUAAUAUAUGUGCGUAUUUACACCGUGGAAUGUAGCCAUAAAGAAGAAGCUCAAGUAUUUGAUUGUCAUGUUGGUGUUACUAUGAUUAAAGUAUCAAUAACUCACUGAUCAUAUGAUUGAUUAUGUUGCUGAUUAGCGGGGAUGAGGAUGUUUAAUGGUUUAGUCGACUUCAUCCCUGUUUAAUCCUUGAAUCCUCUGUGAAUAGAAUAAUAUUGAUUGUUGUUUUAAAAACUCAAGUGUGAGCUGUCUCACCUCUUAAGGAAAAGAGAUCUGAGCUGUCAAUCAGCUGUCCUGCGGCGUUUCUUCAGGCUGACCUGGAGGUCUCUACUGGUCUCUGCUCUUUGUCACAUGAUCACCACUUCAUCCUGCUGGAGUCCUCGUCCUAUGAGAGAGAGUUAGUAGUUUUACCGAAUCACCUAAAUGUCAUAGUUUUAAUGCCUUUCUGUUUGUAUGUUUUUUGUUUUCCCCAGGACAAUAUGGAUUUGGGAGAUGAAGAGGAGGAGGAUGAGAAGGUGUGUACCUGCUGUGUGUGUCAGCUCUUUGUAUAUUUCUGUAUAUAGUGAUAAAUAGAAAAGCAGUUAGCUUUAUUUGCUCAUGUUGACAAAAGACUCUGCGUCUGAUCUGUGAUUUUCUGUCCUAAAGCUCUUCAUUCAGCUCUAAAUCUUCUGAUGCAUUUUGAUUCCCGCCAGCCUCCACUUGUAUUUUUUGUAAACUUGCAGUUAGCGGAAGACAUUUAGGGUUAAUGAAGACCUCAGCAGCCCGUUCCCACUUGUCACAGCACAUUCAUAUGCUAAUGGGGGGGCGGGGGAAGGAGGUUCUGCUGCAUUUGGGAAAGUCCCUGAGCUUAACACGCCAUAUAAUACCAUCAAUAUGGAACUAAUGACAGCACUUAGACAUGCCUUUUCAGAGCUCGUCUCAAAGUUUGUGUUCAAAGUGUUACAAUGCUUUUAGGCAAGGAAAUAUUUCUUCACAAUGACAGCCGUUUAUGGCAGACGUUUUGAAUGGUGUGCGUGGGCUUGAUGUGAAGUGCUUCUCAUAGUGGUUCCAGUGGGAACACGACCCUGAAAUGGCUGAAGUGGUUAAAUGCAGUGAGUAGGUUUGAUGGAUAUUAGACCGGGAUGAAAGUAAAUUGUCUUACAUGUGAUUUUUGGGGGAUUGAUAGUCACUGUGCAUCUGGAAAAUGGCAGGUUUGAUCCUCUCUGCAGCUCUUUUCCCAGGCUCGUCCUCCCACCGCCGCGUGGAAAAGAGCCAGAGAUUCUCCGAGAAAAAGAGCAGCAAACAUUUAUCACAAAGAUCCUGUAGUGACAAAAACCAUGGCUUCAGCUAUAAAAAAGCCCUUUAUGACCGUCCUCACAGACCUCAUCUCUCUCUUUAGUCCUCCUCCUCCUCCUCCACUCUGUGUUUGAUGUGGACAUGUGUCCGUGUCUCCAUCUGAAGUCUCUGUUUACUUUGAAGCCGUCCGUCCCUCCUGGGAGCUGGACUAGCCUGAGAACAGUUGCUUUUUUCUUUCAUAAUGUAAAGUCCAGUCCCCAUCUGAAGAGCUUUCACCCCAAAAAGUCAGCUUUUAAACUGUGUCCUGAAGUUUCUGCUUUUUCAGUUACAUUUAGCAGAAACUGGCACAAAUGUGAACCGAGCAUAUUUCACGAUUUUUCUCAGAAACACUUUAAGAGGUUUUUAUGAAUAACACUUGCGGGAAUCGAAACUGCGGCCUUGAGGAUUUGUCGGAUGUGUCUGGAUGGAUAAAGAGGAGCUGCUCUGUUAUUGUAUUGUGUAGCUGACAGAGACAUGCCAUUCUGUAUUUGUGACAUAUUUAUUUAUUUUCAUGCUUUUCUGUUUCAAAUCAAACAAAAAUAAAAAAUUUACCUAAACUCAGUGUGAGUAGAUCUUAAAAUGAAAAACACGUUCAUUGUUUUAUUACAAAGUCUUUCCGGUUUUAGUUUUAGUGACCCACUUUAUCAUCAAGUCAUUUGUGAUUCUCACUUUUAAAGAAGCCACUCAGGAUUACGUGUAAAAUAACACAAUAAACCAAGAACAAAACACCAAUUUAAAUCUGUGUUUAUAUGCUGAGCCACAAAAGUACUACCAGUUUGUUUCUCCAGUCCUUUCCACUGGUUUUACAGCUUAAUCACCUUUUUAACUAUGGUUUUAUUUUAUUAGUUUAAUGCUAUAUCACACUUUGAACUUUUAGAGAAAACUAAGUGAUAUUUGAUCAAUCUUUAAUAAGUUUUUAUAAAAGAAGAGGAAAAAUAUUUUUACUUCUACUUUCUACUCAGUACAUUUUCUCACCUCCUUUAACACACGUGGAUUAUAUUCAACUUAAUGUCUUGAUUAAUUUAUUUCUUUCCACUGCAGGAGUCAGAGAGAAGAGGGCUGAUGGAGAAAAUCCACAUGGUCCAAGAAACCAUCAUCACCCUUCAGACCCUGCUGGACGCGAUCGCCUGUUUUGGGGAGAGGAUUAAAAAGUGAGAAUAAAAGAUUCAUAAUGCGUCUCGCUGCAGUAAAAUAUUCAUUUGUAUUUCAGCUGGAGGACCUUGACUGUUUACAAUCACAGAAGGAAAAAAUUCUCACUUUUUUUAUUGUCAUGUAAAAGUUUACUUAUGAGUUACUCUGGAGUAUAGCAGGGCAGCAUUUAUCCUUGAUCCUCAGUGAGUACUGUUGUAUUAAAUGUAAAUCAACCCUAAACAAAUACUCCUACUCCUCCUCCCCCUCAUUAAAGCAGAUUUUUGGUGUAUUUGCGUUUUUCAGCACUUUUAACUGGUCCGUGCCGUUCCUGUCCGGCUUGGCUUUCCUGAUCUUCGUCAUAGCAACAAUCAUCACAUACUACAUCCCUGUACGCUACAUAGUCUUAUUAUGGGGUGAGUCUGAACCUGUUUUUUUUCUUUUUAUGUCCUCAGUUUUGUGUUUAUUUCUGUUUGAACUGACCUUGUCUUAUCGCAUCAUAAAACCCACGUUCAUUAUCUUUUACAAGUUGUUUUCACGUUUAAGAAAAAAAAAAGAAAAUCCACCUCCUUUAUUUCUUUGAGUUUUUUUUCCUCUUUGCAGAUUAUUGAAGUCACAGGAACGUGGAUUUUCAGGCUGUCCUUUCAUUGCAAUAAUACAUGAAUUAAAGCACAGCUCAUUGUUCAGGGAUUCUUGUCGGACUGUCUCGGGUGUAGGUUGUUGCUGUUUUUCCAGCCCUCAAAGUGAAAGUAAAACAAAAAAAAAGGCACACACAGACUGUGGUUCUCGAGGCAAUAUUUUCUUGGACAACAUGAGUCUCCUCUUACUUGUUUGUGUGGAAACAAAGAGCGCAGCCACAGGAGACUAGUGCUAAUGAUAUGUUGGUGUGAAUCUCUGUUUUAGGUAUCAAUAAAUUCACCAAGAAACUACGGAACCCGUACAGCAUUGACAACAAUGAAGUGCUUGAUUUCCUGUCGAGGGUGCCUUCAGAUGUGCAGAAGGUAAGCCCCGCCGGAUCAGCCGGCCAGGAAGCCCGAAAUCCCAGAGCCCUGCAGCUUUGAGUUUUACUACAACAACUCCCAGGCAUUCGGCUCUCCUGUCUGUAUAAUUAGCUUCGUCUGUAUAAUUAUGUAGCCCUGUAUAAUUUCUGUUGUGUUUUGGUCAUGAGACAUCCCUGGUGGAGGUCUGCUGUUCCCAGGAUGAGACAGGAGACGCUGCUGCUUCUGCUGCGGCUGCUGGUGUCUCCAGCAUGAACUCAGAAAGAGUGCAACAUCACAAGCACACAAAAGAGUGUCAAAAGCAGAAUCAUUUACAUCCAUUUGGAUGGAAAAUAAUCUGAUUCUCUCUACAAAAGUCUGCAGGAUUUUGCAUCAGUGCUCCAAGAUGAAAACCUCAUGAUAAUAAAGCAGACACUUUUCUGUUAAUCUGAGAAAAGGAAAUCUACCGGCACCUCUCAUAUUUAUUUCUCCUCUAUUCAUGGUCAUCUGUGCAGCCACCUCUCCUUUCUUUAUUCCCUCUCUCCUCUGUUGCCUCUCCUCCUCCUCCUCCUCCUCUUUCUCUGUCUCUGUCUGUCUCUCUCUAAGCUGUUUGACCCCGUUUGCCUCCUCCUUUGAUGCCCUUGGGCCUCUGGGUGCAGUGACUCGCGCUCUCUCUCUAGUCUCUCUGCUGACCACUGUCUUUCUGUCCUCUCCGCUACAUUCAUCCUGCCCUGCUGAGGUUCUGCAUUAUCAACAUGCACAAUCUGAGAAAUCAUAGUUCUUCAGCAGCAGAAAAUCUAAGAAAGUAGAGCCAGAAUAACAAGCUUUCAAAUAUCAGUGGCUGGCAGCCUGACGCCUGUAUACUUUAGACGCUUUCUGAGUGAUGAGGUUGCUCUUUGUGUCUUGCAGGUUCAGUACAGCGAGAUAAGAGGCAACAAGAAGAAGAAGAUCUUGUAGACCAUCGAGGGACAGCGUAGAAGCUGAACCUGCUGUCCGUUGCUGAAAAGUGUCUGCCGAGGACCUUCUGGAGGUCUGCAGAGUCUCAGUGCUCUGUAGCUUUGACUCAUGACCCGCUGCAGAACCACUUCCAUUGAUCAGACCCCUAAACCAAAGAAGUACAGACUCACUGUACCACGAUUUGAUGCUGAUUAUUCUGGUGUUUUUUUUUUUUUUUGCGCUUUUCUGGAAUUAUGUGUAAGAGUUUCUCCAAAGAGUAUGUGUUUAUUUGUUUGUACAGAUCAUUUUUAAAGAUGAACAAUUAGAAGCUGCUUGAUUUGAUGAUCUCUGCUCGAGGUUUGUCCUCCUGAAAGCAGCUGAAAUAUCAGGCUGAAUAUUACUGAAUGUAUAUGUCUGACUACAUCUACAUGUUUUUAUCAUAUUCACAUUGAUUUAGAUCUCAAAUUUUAACCUUCAGUAGUGAAUAUAUAAUCCAUUAUUUAAAAGAGCAUCUGUUUUUUCAGGAUCAGUGUCAUUGUGGAUCAGUUUUAAAGUGAGAAUUAUUGUCAGGCCAUUUCCUAGAGACAUUUUGCACUUGGGUCUUUUUCACACAGAUCAUACUGCCCAUACACUGAAACAUAUCAAACAAGAUUUUAUGCAUUAUAUUUCUAUGUUUCUCAUAUUAGAUCUACAUUUGCUCAGACAGCAUUGAAAGAGUCAUUGAACUAAAUGACAACACAGAUUCAUAUGAACAUGCAAAGAGAAGUGCCUGACAUGAAAGUUCUUAGUUUCAUACAAACGGGGCUCCCUCUGCCUCUUUGUAAAUUUGAUUCUCUGCUCGUGAGGUAAGGGUCCAGAUCUGCGCACACCUCACUUUAUUUAUUAAUGGCAAUCACUGAUGAAGACUUUUCGUCUCAUUUCUAGCAGCAAUAAAUGCACUCGACCACA